GUUCACCACAGUCCUUGACCGAUGUCGCGCCGUGCACAGGACGUGUCAUCAUCACUACUGUUACGAUUAUCGUAUUAUUAGUAGACGACGACGGCCGCGGCCAGAGACUUUAACGCGCUUACGGUUAUUUUGUUUUUUUGUUAUCAUUUAUUUAUAGUAAAAUAUUAUAAUAUCCGUAAUAUCAUCGCCGAGUCGCAUCUCGUAUAUUCGAUUUUUUUUUCCAUCGUCUCAUUCUCCCGUAUACCUUAUAUUAUAAAUCCGAUUUUUCGUAAAUUAUAACAUUACUACUACAAAAAUAUUGUGAUUAUUAUAAUAUUCGUGCACCUCGUAAAUUGUGCAAUAAUAACGGAACUGCGAUAUUAAUAUUGUUGAUAGUAUAAGUGUGCGACACAUAUAACAACGACAACAACACUGCAGACAACCUAUUGUAUUGCUGCCGGUGUGUGCAUGUGUACGUGUGUGUUUGUGUAAACUACGAGUUCAUCAUCGACCGCAACAAGCGCACAGGAAGGCACGAGAAGGCGGAAAUUGUAAGUACAUGAUAAUAUUAUGUCCUAUAUUAUAUUUUCACUUAAACUCUUUAAUUGAUAAUACACAAAUUAAAACGCCAUAAAGUGUUGUUAUUCAUUAUCUUAUUCGCCAUAAUAUUAAGCUCGACAAUUCUUAUUCUAUUUUUAUUUUUUUUUUUUUUUUUGGUAUACGAUGUCAUACGAAGAUAUACCUAUUUUAAUAUCUCCGGAGAUAUUAAAGAUAGUCAAAUAUUAUAUUACUCACGGGGAUAAAGAAUAAACAUGUUUAUUUAAAUUAUUUUUUUUACUAAAACAUACAAAUUUUAUAUAAAAUAAAAAUGAAAAAUAAAAACAGAAUUUGAUUAUCACUUUUAUCUCAAAAGAUAUUUCGACGAGUAUAUUUUCGUGAGACAUACUCUAUAAUGUUCAAAAUAUUCACUUUUCAAAUAUUUCUCAAAAAAAUAAAUACACAGAAAUCAGAAUUUUAUGUUACAGCAAUUGUCUCAUAAAAAUAUAGUAAAUAAAGAAUAGCUGUAUUAGCAAUUAAGUAGUACAAUCUAAAAUUAUAUGUAGGCUUAACAUUUUUGGAUUUUGGGGUCAUCUUUUAAAAUUAAAAUUUUGAAUUUUAAUGCGAACCUAUACUAUUUAUUGUAAGCAUUAUGUAUGUAAAGAUAUUUUUAUUUACGAAUUUAGCAAUCUUUUAAUGUAAAACUUUUUGCCGAAAAAUACCAAACAUAAAACGCUGAUCACUCUGUAUACAGUGGUGCUACCAUCAAUUUGUUUACACUAAACAUCCUGUGUCUUAUAAAGAGUAAUUUAAUCUAUAUCUGUACUCAAAGAUAAACCAUCACUAUCAAAAAACAAUUCUGUGCAAAGUAUUUUUAGUCGUAAUUUUUCUUCCGAGACCGAGGUAACCCAGAAAUCAACAAAAAUUAUACCAAAAAUGGACAGUUUAUCGAUUUAGACAAUUUCAACGAAAAUCAAAAAAUUAUAUUUGAUAUGAAAUAACUAAAUCAAAACGUCUACGAAAAAUUUUUUAUACAUUUUUUGACUCGAGGAAAAUUUUCACUAGACAAUUUAUUUGAACGUGUCACAGUAAAACCAAUUAAUUCCCCGUAUUGUAAAUCGUAAGAAAAUGGUGAAUUUUUCAGUUUUAAUUACUAAAAUAAAUACAAUUUUUACAACAAUCACGGUUUUAAUGGCAUAAAUGUUUUAAACAUUAAACGGACAAUAAUGAAUAUAUAGAAGAAUAACGAAUUAUUUAAAUUCAAACAAAUAUUCAAGAGUAUACAAAACACAUGCAUGAUUUUUCUACAAAAUGUUGAGAAUAUUUGACGUACAUUAUUAUAGUAUGCCCUAUGGGAUGAUCAUUGCCUAUAUGUUAAUUUUGAAUUAGAUACAUGUCUUAAUGUAUAUAUAUUUUUAUACGAAACGUAAUAAAUUAAAUCGUCAAUAAAACCGCUUAUAAACGGUACGGCUUAAUAUUAUAUUAUAUUGUCACUCGCGUAUUCUUGUUUUCAUGUAUACGUUUGGGGUAUACUUAGUUCGAAUAUAAAAAUUAUUUUUAUAAACACGUUUGUUUUAAUGAAAACUUGUUCAAUCCAAUAAAACAAGUCUUAAAACCGCAUCGUAGAAAUAAGCGAUAAUAUAAUAAUAUGUUUUUAUUUUAUUUUUUAUAACUGCACAUUUUAUUAUGAUUAUUAUUAUUGUUUACUGUUAUUAUUUCAUACGUAUUUCAAUGAGCGAAUGAAACUUUCGUCGAACAGAUACAAAUUUAGUUUUCAGAGUUCACUAUCAAAUCAAUUAAUGUUAAACUUUUAACGUUGGGAUUCGAUUUAAAUAUCGCCUUAAAAAUGUGAAUCUAUUCGCAAGACAAUUAUUUUCGUAUCAAUUAUUUUAUGUAUUUCCGUAAAUAAUAUUACGUUACGUCCGACUGUUCCGAACAUAAAAUUCAGUCAUAAACAGUUAUAGGUAAUAUAAGUUAUAAGUGGUGUUCCCGCAGGGUAUAAUACAUAUUACACGCCAUAUACUCUGAAACAGUUUUAAAAAAGAAAUUCGUCAUGAUAUAUACAUUAUAUAUAUAACAUUAUGUUAUCAUCGCCUGUUCAUACCACUUAUAUCAUCACUAAAACCAAUAUUAUCAAUCAAAUUGUAUUUAUUUCACUAAUUUUAAUUGAAACUAAAAAAAUGCACAGUUCUCUUACUAUAUUUAUAAUAUUUUAUGUAAAAAAAAAGUUUGAGUGUUUUACAUUGGUAAUUAUAAAUUAAAUUUUAUAUAUAUAUAAUUGAUAUAUAUAUUUCUCCAUAACAGUACCUAUAUAAACCAUAAGGAAGUUAUAAAAUAUUCUAUGUAAGGCACAGGAUGCCAGUGUAUACUUUCCUACAAAUUGAUAGGAACACCAUUGAUUAUAACAUUAUAUAUAUAUAUAAUCUCUCUGAAAUUUAUUCGACGAGAACGAUGAAAAACAAUCAUAUCAUUUUUUGCGCGCGUUGCUUGUGCUGCUGCUGCGAUUAAUAUGAAUAAGCUUAUAGUAUGUAUAUUGAUAUAAUAGAAGAAGAUCCGUGCCGUAUAAUCGUGGGAACCGCGGGCAUAUUAUUUUAACUGUUAACAGUAAUUAUAUUAAGGUUCCCAAGGUUGGGACGGAUAGGUAGUGAAAAAAAAAAUGAUAUAUAUGUAUAUAAUUAUAAUUUAUUAUAUCACAUAAUAUUAUCUAUAUAGUUUUUACAGUUUUGAGUAUAAUAUAUAAUUUGAAAUUUGUACUCUUUUCGAUUAUAAUACUAAUAUUAGGUAUUACCGUUCUUUCGACGGUGUGCAUUUCACUGUGCACAUGAUUGCGCGGGUAUGGUGUGUGAUAAAAUUAAAAAAGUAAAAAAAAUAAACAAAUUAAAAAACCAGACUUACAAAACGGUUGACCUACUACUGCGGGGCCCGGUGCAAUGCGUUUUCCCGACGGUGUUGUACAAUGAAAUAUAUUAUACCCGCCCACAUCGUCGCCCGCAUAGUAUAAGUAUACACGCUAAUAACAAAACACAAAUGACUGCAAUUCGAUCGCGUCCGAAGUUUUCCGGAACGCUUUCCAUUCGCUAUUAUCGCGAUCGUCCUGCCACUCUUCGGAACGUGUAUAAUAUUAUAUACGUACUAUUCAUAGCGAUAAUAAUAUUAUACCAUUAAAAUAAUACUACGCAUAACGUGUAUAGGUAAUAUAAUACGCAUACGCGUAUUAUCGCUGACUAUACGUAUAUAAAUAUUAUGGCCGCACGGAAUUUUAGUUCCGCGUCCAUUAUUAGCGGCGGUCUAAAGUGGUAAAAGAAAAAAAAUCGAUCGAUCGCUUGUUUUUUAUUCGAAACUUGACCUAGUGCCGAAGGAAGGAACGAACGAAUGAAAAAAAAAAAAUCAAAUCCGGCAAAAAUACAUAUAAUCCGAUCCGAUCGUUAACUAUGCCUAAUAUAAUAUAUAGGUACACUACGCCAACGUCGUCGUCGUAUAAAGUCGCCAUUCUAAAUCGCCACCCAUUUAUGUUAUACAUAGUUAAAAUUCUCACUUAUACGGCGUCGUAAUAAUGUAUAUAUAUAUACAUUACGUUUCCUAAGUCAAAAAUGUGUCAUUGCCGAGUUUUUUCUGGUGUUUUUUUUUUUUUACUUUUAGCCCGUCGUCGUCAUAGUCGGUUCUCAUUCGUAUAGUCUUUCCAGUAUAUAACAGUAUACCCUAUACGGUUUAUACGGUUCAGAUAAAAAGACAUUAUACUGCUAUUAUGUAUAUAUAUAUAUAUAUAUAUAUAAUAUUAUUUGGACGUACUUACAUUUCAUUUAUUUUAUAUACCGUUUAUCGCAUACCUAAAUGCAUCUUUGUGUGUGCACAAUACUACAAUGCCAUUUUAGCAUUAAAAUUAUUAAAAUAUAGGUAAUGUUAUCGUUACGGUCGGUUAGAUUAGGUAAGUAUAAAACAAAACCAAAAAUUGUAAAAGGUUAAAACCUUCGAAAAUAUAACGAUAAAAUAAACAAGUAUACCGAUAUAUAUUAUAUAAAAGGUCGAUACUGCUGAUGGGAGAGCCACUGUUUUAGGAGAAAAAUUUGGAAGAUAUGAUAUCAUGAGUCAUUUAAUUUAUAUCUAUAGUCAAUAUGCAACAAUAAAUCAUUGCUAACAGAAUUACUGUAUUGUUAUUACAUUAUAUUUUUCCCCUUGUUUCUAAGGUAACCCAAAAAUCAACAAAAAUUAAAUCGAAUAAUAUCAUUAAACGUAUAAACGUUUAGAUAGGUAAUGUUGAUUUAUGAAAUAGACGUUACUUUCGAUAUUUUGUUAUUAGAACUUUAUUAGAUCUCCGGAUUUAAUCAAAAAGUGUUUUUAUAAUAAUAGUUCAAGCCGCAUACUAAAUUUUCAAAUUCGUCUAGCGAUAUUUAAUCGUACUUGUUAUUACUUCAUUAAACUUCCGCGACUCUAACGCCUAUUACACUAAACUAUAAUUGUAUAACUCGUGUAGUACAAACUAUACGAUUUACAGCGACAAAUAUUAAUACUUGCUGACCGAUUAUACAAUUUAAGUACAUAUUAUAAUAAUAAUAAAUGCAUUCGUGUAUUUACAAAUUACAAUGGUAUUAUAAAUUGUCGUAUGUUUGUAGUGGUUUCACAGUAAUAAGAAUAAUUAUUAUAAACACGAGACUUAUUUUUAAUAUUAUAAUAAUAUCGUUGCGAUGGAACCGCGUAUACGUUUAUUCCAUAUUAAAAAUGGUGACAUUCAAAAAACGCGAGACCGCACGAAUUCAAAAACAUCUGUUACAUUGCAGAUACGCCUCAUGGAAAUACGACAAUCAAUGAACGAUUAUUAUUAAUAUUUUACCGUUUAACGGCGUCGUCGUCGAUAUCGUACUUAUAUGAGCCAAGCGAAAUAAUAAUAAUAAUAAAAAUAAUAGCGAAGUCAUCGACAUUGCGGUAUUUCACUUUUUUUCAGUUCUUUAUUAUACUUACUACAGUACGGUUUUGUAUCCGUGUUUUGAUCCGUGCAGACCCCGGGUACGUGCGACGAGAAUGAACAAUAAUAUUAAAUUAUUAUAAUAAUCGAAACGAGUUUUUUUUUUUUACUAUAGGUUUAGUUCGAAAGCACCUCAAGCGUGAAUACUUUUAACGGACUAAAAAAGUUUUUUCGAAUUCCGAACCGUUUUGUUUAUCAACUACGUAGUAUAAAAAUGCCUAAUAUUAAUUAGUAGUAUUGGUAGUAAUUAGUAGAUGUGUAUUAGCAAUAUGGUUUUUGUUAUUUUUUUCCUACUGAAGUUUCGACAUGAGGCCCAUAGACGAAUCAAACGAUAAUGAUGGAUCGGCAUUAUCCAUAAUAUUAAGUGUGAAGGGUAAUCCCGAAAAAACCUCUUGUCUGCGGUUUUCAGAAGAACUUUACUCACCCCUACUUUUGGAACUAUAUACAUUAGGUUGACUGGGUAAUAAUAAUCAACUAAUCAACAGGAAUAGCCCAAUAAACACGGUACAUUUUAGAGUCGUAUUUUUGUCCUAUCCUCACCAACGCCAGUCCCGUAUAGGCAAUUGACAUUGGGCAUCUAACAUUUCUGUCUUCAGAUGGUCCAAACAAGAAACUUUUAAAAUUCUCCGAACCAAUAUCAAUCUUUUAUAAUGGUAUUACAGAAACCAGAACAUAAAGAAGUAUUUCGAUUAAUCGAAGACUAUCAAUCCAAGUUUUCAAUUCCAUCUAUCUCAUUAUAUCUUAUAUUUUCUCUGGUAGAAGCUAUAUUUGAAAUAAAGUAAUUGUACAUAGAGUAAUGAUGUAAUAAUGCAAUGUAAUAAUAAGUAUAGACUGUACUAUAGUAGAGUGUAUAAAAAUUGUUACCCAUUUCCAGAAGUUAUAAUGCUGCGGAUUCGUGCUGUAACUAUUAUUGUAAGUAUAGUCGACGACCGUUUUAAAAUCGACUUAUGUAUACUCCAGUAAUGAGUAUGAAUAUCAUCACUAAUUCAUAGCGCAUAUAGGGAGUACACACACGCAUUCAACUGGGCCAGGGGUCUCCAAACUACAAUCCAUGAGACGCACCAGGCCUGCGAAUAAGUUUUAACCGGCCCCACGAAGGCUAAAAAUAUAAUUACUGAACCUAAAAUCCAGUUCCAACAACGUUUGUCUAACCUUGACGUUAAUUCUGAAUAAAUAAACAUUUUAAAAAUCCGUUUAGUUGUGAUAUUGAGAAGUCACUUUCUACCCUUCAAACGGAAAAGAUUGGUUUGCAAUGCAAUGAAGCACUGAAAAUCAAAUAUCGAUAAAAGACCUUAGUUGACUUUUGUCAUUUCCUUCCGGAUACAUUAUAUCCAAAUUUGCAAUUGAAUAUAAUAUGUUCCAUAUGAUAUCAUAUCUGUAUAAUAAUGUAUAUGUCACCUAUAUUCCUACCUAUAUUUGUAAGAACAAACUUUUUCUAAGAUAAAAUACAUUACCUAAAUUAAAUCAAUUAAGAUCAACAUUUGAAUUGGUUUUGAAAAUCGGAACCAGUAAGAUAUACGACAAUUCGAUAAAAUAUUAAGAGAAAAACAUAAAUUUCAUACUUUUCAUUUAUAAAAAAAUCAAUAAUAAAUAAUUAUUAAAAUUACUACACAAUAUUUAGAUAAUAUAUUUUAAAUAUAAAAACAUCGAGUAAAAAUGUUGGAGACCCCUGGACUGGAACAUAUUCACUCAAACUGCACUCGUUGUAAGGACCAUUGUGAACGUGUACGUUGACACGCGUGUUUGGCCUAAAACACUUUAGUAUGUGGACCGCGAUACAUUUACAUCGCAGGCACAGGUGUUCGUUAUUAAACAUCUAAAUGUCCCAGAAAAUGUCCCAAAAUCCCGUAAUAUUUCUCGAACGAUCGCGACGAUUGAAUUUGGCAAUCAUUUACACCGUCGUAAGACAUACAUCUUAAAUACUACACGUAUAGAUACAAACAAAUACACUAUUUGGGUACAAAAUAUCGUACAAAAAUGGUACAAAAAUAAUACGUUUGAUUACAAAUUAAUAUAACGUUUGGAAACACUCAAACAAAUAAUACAUUUAUUCUUAUAUAAUAUGUUGGCAUAAUUUUGUUUUUUAUUUUUUUUUAAAUUAAUUUUCAAUAUUUUUAGAGCCUAUUAGCGUUACCUAAAAGACAUCAUGUGGAGGUCGGUUCUUUUUAGUCUCCGAAAAAUAUUUUAAUACUGUUUAAAUACUUAUCAGUUCUAAAACUAUUAUUUAUUUUGAUACAUAAUGUUUGUAUUUUACAUAGUAUGUACUUUAUUUUGAUGCUAUUAUAUUAUAUUUUUACCAGUAAAUCUUGGACCACCUAGGAGAAAUGUUUUUCAAUAUCUUUAUCAUGUUAGUAAUAUAUCAUACAUGUUGAAUUUUCAAGUCGACUAUCCAGUAAUCAAUAUUUUUACAUACCACUGAGGUAACCAAAUGUGUUCUAACAAUCACAGGUAUAAAUACAGUUAUCUACCCAAACAUGUUACGGCUCGUCGAAAAUACAAAAUUUAAAUAGGUACCUAUUAUAAUAUUAUAACUUUAAAAGAAAAAAAGAUUUAUAAAAAUAUAAAUAAUUAUCUAAUAAUUCGUACAAAUUAACGGCGAGAACACAUUAAACUUAUUCCUCAUUAUACAUAGGGUGCCGGGUGACUCGUUGAUGGAUGUCUCAAAAAUUGUUUAUACAAAAUCUCGUGGGAUUUAAAGUGUAUAUAAUAUUAUAAUGUACAAAGGAAGAAAUAAUGAUGUGUCUUCCGCGAUAAAAAACGUCGUCCCUGGGAGAAAAUGAUUGUUUUUUUUUUUUACUGUUAUCGUGGUUUUUUUUUUUUAUACUUCAAACGAAACACCGACGACGAGACCCGUUAAUCGCAUUACUCGUAUUACACAAUAUUAUAAUCGCACAGUUUUAAUGUGUUAUAAUAAUAAUAAAUUAUUGUUAAUAAUUACACUGCGCAUUCGUCUGGAAACGGCCGUUGCGCCGUUUUAAAAAAAGACGAACUCGUCGCGGACGAAGUGCGCGGGUUCGUCAUGUGCGUUGUGCAUAAAUAUAAUAUAGUGAAGUGCGGCCAACAAAAACGAUAAACCGGUUUCGGUGUGUUGUUGAGCAUAUGAAACUUUGACUCCCGCGGGGGCAAUUGCCCAGUUCGCGACGUUAUAAACCAGUUGCGAUACAUGGGUCCCGUUAUUAGAUAUAGGCAUUUUGGUUCCGUACCUGCAACGUUUCCGCGUUUAGUUUAGCGUGUAUUAUAAUAACAAUAUCGUGUGUAUCGAGGUGUGGAUCUCGGGAAACUAUACAGAAUUCCGACGAUGGGUAAUAAGUCUUUGGUGUUAUAACUGGAUGACGUAUUUAUGAUUUUAUUCCGGGGUGGAAUGAGGAUGUACAAUUUUUGGUCCCUCCAUAGGACGGUUUAACCUAAAUACAACGUUCUGAAUUGCUUGAUAUUUAGUAUUAAAAAAAUAAAAAUAAAAUAAAACAAACACAAUUCGGUCGGUGGGUAUUAACGAACAGUUGAUUGGUGUUUACCAGUGUGCAGUUGUUCUUGAGAAAUCAUUUCGAUAUAAUAUCGUCUUUAAAAUACACCAAAAUAGUAAACUUUAAUAUGAGAAGAAAAAAAAAUGUAGUUUUUAAAUAAUUGUAAGUAUAGUCAAAAAGUUACGGUUUGGCCGAAAUCACUCGGAAACAUUUUUUAAAUAAUAUACUAUAUAAUAUUCCAUAGAACGAAAACGUCUGGAAUGCAAAUUAACGUUAAAAAAACACUCGUUUCGUUUGGUUUUUGUUCUACAAUCUGUAGAUGUUAUACAUUUAGUUUUCUGUUUCCCCACCCCUCUUUGUUCGAUAUCGUAAAGACGAAUUAAGGCCAAUGAAAUCAGUUUCGGCAAACAAUCGUCCCGAAUAAUAAUCUAGUAAAAUCCAUUUUUUUUCUUAAACAUUUUUUUUAUAUAUAUAUAUAUAAUUAUAAUAUCAUCUCGUUCACAUUGGAGGUUAUGGCAAUUAAUCCGACUUCGGCAGUUUUCACUUUUGAACUAAAAUAAUUUAUCGAUCAAUCUUAAACACACUAUAGAUUUAGAUAGGUUUAUAGAUAUAUAUAUACACGUGACGUAAGAUAAAAUAAAUGUCUGGGGUUUAUUUUUUUCUUAUUAAAUCGCGCUAACGAGUUAAUAACGUUCGGUUUAGUUAUAAAUAAUUUUUUUUUAUAUAUAUAUAUAUAUUCUCUGCAACUACUAUAACAAUACACAAACGGGGAAAUAAUCGGCUUCUCAUGGCCCUUGUUGACUUUUAUCGCAAACGAUAAAAAAAUAUUAUAGGUAUAUAUACACGAGAACAAUGAAAAAUUCCAAGGUCGGGAGGGGGUGCACUAUUAUUUGUCGUACCGCGCAAUGGAAUUUGCUCAUGAGAACCAACAUCGUUUGCCCGACCGAAUGCAAACAAAAAUAUACUUACCUACCUUCACAAUCUUAUUACUGCUAUAAAUACCAACUUGAACGACUAUAAUGAGAAUAUAUUAUAUUCUCAUAUAGUCUAAAAACAGGCUGAUAUUGAUAAUGGGCGUGCCAUUGGUUUUGGAAGGAUGUUGGAAAGAAUGAUAUAUAUAGAUUAAUUAAAUUUAUAUCCGUCCGCAACGAUAGAUAACGAAACACGAUUCUGAGCGGUGUAUUUGUUCCCUUGUUGCCAAGGUUAUAAAACGGAAACCAACAAAAAUUAUACAAACAAUUGCCAGUUUUCAUUAUAGUUGAAAAAUAAAAGGAAAAAAAAUUACCUUUUCUAGGUAGAUAAAAAAAUCGUACAAGAAAGUUCCUAAUAAAGUUUUUAAUUGAAGCAGAAAUUUGUCUGGUAAAAAAGAUGUUCACAGGCACAAAAGCAAAAAAACCACAUCGUACUAAAACGGUUUGAUACCUGAUCAAUAUACAUUCCUCGCUUAGCCGAGAAUCUAAAACGGAACUCAUCCAAGGGAUCGAACAAAAAUUACCGUUUUAUCGAUAAUAAAUACGGUCGUGUGGUUCCGUCUCGGACGGGUUUGCAUUGUAUUUAUUAACUCCGAGCUCGCGUGUUAUUUUCUCCGAUCAAUAAUAAUAUUGAUGUUUUUGUUUUCUGCGUGUAUGAUGUGCGCGUGAAAAAAAAAACGUAGGUAACUAAUAUAUUAUUAUAUUAUUGUAUAUUUCCGAGCAGUGCGGUGAUGCGAUUAGUAACGGCGGCGGACAAGCGUAUCCGUUCGCGGCUGCUGCGGCGGACGGCCACAAGCAAGUCGUGUGCUGCCGACGUAAAAACUAACGGAUGUUUUUUUUUUCUUUUUUUUAAUUUCUGUUGUUGCUGUAGGGGAAUGCACGGUGAGAAAUAAACAAACGGAGGAAAUGUCGUAGGUAUACAUGGAUACGAUUAAUGAUUAUGGUCUACUUAAUUAGCGCACUCGUCGAUCACUAGUACUUACCUAUAUACAUUGAAAUUACGAUUGUUGACGGGAAAUCCGCGGCGUUGCUCACACGACGUCUUCAUGAUCGCGGUCAAUUAUUAUAUACUCGCGAGGGGGCUAAUAAUAUUAUUUGGCGCUCACGAUAUACCCAGUUAUCGUAAAGUAAUAUUACCUACAGUAAAACCGCGUCGAUACGAUAUUAUUUUUUUUUCUCCUCCGUACAUUUGUAUCGUAUUCGUUCACCGCAGACCGCUGUCCGCGAAUUGCGAUCCUCGUGGGAAUAUCGUUUUGUUAUAUGAUGCGGUUUCCCGGGCAGAAAAACAAAAACAAAACAAAUAAUAUUAUUACACCGCCCGUCGAUGCAAAGUGACGGUAUUAUCAUAAGUGUGGAUAUUAUAAUAUUAUUAAGACGUGCGUGUGAUGGAACAUAAUAAAAAAAACCCCGAUCGGUUUUAUUUGUUCGCGGAGAUAUUAUAACGAACCGGCAGGAGACUUCGUUUUUUUAUAAUCUGGACCCCUGGACGGUCGACUCGUUUCUCCAUUCUUCGUCCGUUUGUAUAAUUAGUUGAGGGGGAGAGAGAGAUAGAUAGAGAGAGAGAGAGAGGGAGUAAACUGAGAGAGGGAAGGAAUCGGAAGUCUUCUCGUGUUUUCCCAACGCGACGGUGUUCCACUUGUCGAUCAAUAUGGACGCGCUACUAAUAAAUAGAAUUUUAAUUUUUUUUUUUUUACCAUCGUGUAUAAAAAAUCGAAUAAAAUAAUGUAACGUUAAUUGAUUGAAGACAAUUGAACGCGAAUAUUGAACGGGUCGGUACGAUUAUCAUUCGCAUUUAAUGCUUACGUGAUGAAAUUAGAGCAACGAUUUAUAUUAACGAUACGUCGAUAUCCUUUGAUACAAAAAACUAUAGAUAGCUGACUCUACGGGAAACUCGAAAGCCAUUAUUAUUUAGUAUUAUUAUAUGGACUGCGCGUUCAUGUAUAUCCUAUAGGUUGUAGGCACCGUCGAAUAGUUCCAUUCCCUUAAUAGGUACAUGGUACGUAUAGACGGAUUUACUUUAUUCGCUAUCCUUUUCUUACAAUAUCAGCCCCUGGAACUCUCUAUUCCGCUGCUGUCAGUCCAUUUAUUUACAGGUCUAUGAUAUGUUAUAGGUACCACGGUGGUGAGUUUUAUUGCGAUAUUAACCCGUGAAAUAUUUGAUUAUGUCACGAAAAAUAUUUCAAAUUUGUUCUAUAUAAAGUGUAACUCGGUUUUUAUAACGAUAUCACCACAUAUAUAAUAUAUAGUUUACGGCAUAAAUUAAUAUUUCAUGGAUCAAGCAAUACGAUUUACCCUCUUAAUAUGUAUGUGUCUGCCAAGCUUUAUAUAGAUAACAUCUUUUGUGGGACUCUAGGAUACGGUCGGUCAUAUAGAAAUACAGGUUUUUUUUUUACAUAAAUGUUUUAUCUACGAAUAUAUUAUACUGAUUAUAAUUCAAUUCUCAUGACCGAAGGCUUAACAAAACUACGUUAUACGGUAUACUAUAUAGCCGUGUGUUUGAUACGAGAUGGUUUUCUUUGGCAAAUCUCGGACGACUAAUAUACCUAUCGUUGAAAUGUCAAAGUGAAAAACUCAAAAGUUGUCCGUGUUUGUAAUAAUGUUUAUCACAUAAUAAUACGAGUAUAACUCCAUGGGUUUUAAUAAAUAAAAUAUUACUAACGAUCUCUACAGGUAUACUUAUACUUAUAUAUGUAUACUAUAUUAUAGGUAUGUGUACGUGGUGAAACAUGGUGUAAGCGUGCAACGCAAUAAGAAAAGAAGAGGAAAAAAUUGAAGCCAAAAAAAAAACCUAAAUAAAUCAUACUAUCUUAUUAUUUCUUAUUGAUAAGUAGGUCUCGAUAUAAUAUUAUAACUCGCAUUCCGCAACACUGAAAUCAAACGCGCCAAGUACUCGUACAUAGGUAUCCGCUACAAUAUUAUUACUUUCAAUAAUGUGUCAACCGUUGCCGCCGCAAUACGUGUACUCGUAUAUUUUAAUAUGCGAUAUUUUAUUCAAACCGACACAACGGUACAUAAUAUAUAUUUACCAGUGUCUUUUUUGUACAUUCGUAUUUUUUACUCGCACGCUUUUUGUGCUGAUAUACAUAUUAGAAUCGUAUAGACUGCAGCAGUACGAAUAUUAUAGGUACUCUUGACAUUAUUAUUUUACACGACGUUCGUGGGAAUCGAACUAUAUUCGAUUGUCGUAUAAUUAUAUCGUUAUUAUAUAAUAUAUCUACCUAAGUAUGUAGGUGUACUCGAAAUGAAUACCAAUUUUCAAAAAAAUCACGCAUUUCUGUUUUCCGUUGAACAUUACACUAGGUAAUAAAAAUGAUGUAAAUUUGGCGGAAUAUACUUAUAUAGGUACCUCAAAUACCUCUAAAUAAAAUCUUAGUGUACCAUUCACUAGCCCUCCGAUUCACAGCCAUUUUUAAUGAAAUAUCCAUUAUUUCGAAUUGAUAACAAUGAUUUACAUAUUCUAAAAUCUAAAAGAAAAAUUAUCUUCAUCACGUUAAUAUUUUCAUCAAAUAUCGUUCCGACUUUCAAGUGAAGCGAUUUUUUUUUCUGGUUCAAAGAAAAUUGUAUCUAGUUGGUGCACUUAAAAGGCCAUAUUUUGAUUUCCAUUGUAGUUUUCUUAAUAACGGGGGAGGGAAACGGAAAAGUUAAAGGCCGUAACGAUUUCAUUAUUUUUAAUUUAAUUUUUAAUUCAGUUAACAAUUAUCGCAGUGAGCUAGAAUUAUAUGCUAUUUGUAGGCAUAUUUGACAUUUUGAUCGUAAAAAUCACAGCAUUUCAAAACAUGUUUAAUCGAUUUUGCUAAGAAUCGUAUUUUGUUAGCAAAUAGCAGACAUUUAUCGUUGUACAUACAUAAAUUGUAUGUUUAGUUUACUUUUGAUAUAGUAUAAUUUUUUCCUGAAGAACGUUUAAAACCAGUAUUUAUCAUGUUUCGUGUCAAUCGCACCGAUAUUACAAAUAAAUAAGAAUCUCAGCGGCUAUCGAGGUCAAAUUAUGUGAUAAUAUGGAAAAUAUCUGAAAUCAAGCACUAAUUGUUUCUACACAGAAUCCAUGAUGAUAUAAACAAAUAUUUUACGGGUCAAUCAAUACAGUUAUUUAACUUUAAAUAGUAUAUGGCUGUCAAACUUCGUAUUAUGAUCUCUUACGGAAAUCUAUCGCACAGUCCGAGAUAUAGACAAUAUACUUUAAAAUGAGUAUCUAGAUACUCGAUACUAUUAUAGAUACAUAUUGUUUAUAGCAUCGCAAUACAAUAAUUUGGAACAGAGGAGAUGUAACGUUUCUCCCCCCCCCCCCCCGAGCCGAUGAAUCCGACUAACUCUCGGAGAACGUGGACUCUAUUUUAUUUAUUUAUUUGUUUAUGAAAACCCUUUUUAUUCACCAACUGAAUCGUGUGACCACAAUUGAUGUGCGAUGUGCCAUUACUCGCGGCUGCGGCGGUAAACAUGAUUAGUAAAUCAACGAACUGCAAUUGCAAUUGAUUAUUGUUUAUACGUAGACGCCGACAACCGUAGUCGGUCUUCGGGUAUUGACGCGUUUAGACAUAUACAAAACGAGACUGCCGAGACCGAGGCCGUUGUGUGUGUGUGUUUAUAGACUGCAUAACCGAUGUCGUUGACUUCGGAAGCCGUCGUCGGGGUGUGAAAGAAUAAUAAUAAUAUAAUACACUUAUAGUUAUUUAGUAAUACCGAUACCGGCCGGGAGGGAAGCCGGGGAAGUAUAUAAUUGGUUUUGCUUUUCGUUCGCCGGUAGGCAGGAAUACAGAAAAUACGCACGCGCCGAUACGCACAAAGAUACAAGACGAGUAACACCGCGCGACCGGAUUGUCCGCGGAGAACUUGUUUCCGACGUCGUCAUAGUCGUAGCGGAAUUUUAUACGAUUCUCCCCGCGGCAAAUACUUUGGGUUCGGCACUUAUAGCGCUUAAAAACGGCAAAAAAAAAAAAAAAAAAAAAAAAAAAGAGUUAAAGAACUUUAUUUCAACUCUGACAUGAACACUCGAAAAAUAUAGAAAACUAUAGGAAAAAGCGUUUUUGUAUUCUUUUUUGACUACGGGCGAAAUUUCCAUAGUGCUCCAUACAGUAGACUUGAUGCUGAAAAAAUAAGCAAACGCUAUAGGCAGGUACCGCCGAACCCCGCUUAUACCCAUGAUAUAUAAUAUAGUACUAUUUUCGUCUCUCCGCGAGAUUUACGUCAAAUGACAUUAUUAUUAUUAUUAUUUUUUUUUUUUGACAGUAGCGACUAUUCGUUUCGGACGGCGUAACGAUACAUAUACAGGUGCGAAAAUUGAUGCACACAUCAAUGCAUAUAAUAUAAUAUUAUAAAUUAUAUUAUUAUACAUAAAUAGGUGCUCGUGUAUUUAUUCUCGAUAUAAUAUAAUAGCGACGAUAUAAUGUUAUAUGUAUAUAGUCAUAUACACACGUCACUGUAUUACGCUCGCAAAAAAAAAAAAAAAAAAAAACAUAAUAAUAAUAAUAUAUUUAUAUUAUAAACGCAUACAUCAUAAUGUUAUAUAAAUACAAGAGUAUAAUAUUAUUAUACACCUAUACCAGAGGGGUUAACGCCCGUCGGUUUUUUGUGAUACCUACACAUCGGUUCUUGUGGGAAAACGUCGGUGACUUGUGUGUAUGUGUGCGUGCGUGUGUGUGUGUGUGUGUGUGUGUGUGUGUGCGUGUGUGUGCGCGCGUAUUGGUUUUUCUGUAUAGCCGCUGCGUUUACAGAGCAUAGCUGUCGGCGUGUGUGCGCGCACAUUUUUUCCAAGGCUCCUCUCGGACGCCGUCAUUGCUCGCGGAAAAGCGAACGUUUUCGGGUAGGUGGUCAUAGACAUAAGUAUAAUACACGUAUUAUCACUUGCACCGUCUUUGGUGACUCGCUGGAAAACCGUGAAAACUGCGCUGUCGGCGGAUCACCGCGCAUUAUCCACGGCGGAAAAUAAAAGUCUCGGAGAUGAUGCGCGAUCGAGCGCGCGCGCGCCCGCCCCGCAUCCGUCGGCGAACAAUAAACGUACGGCCAGUCAUCGUCGUCGGCGUAAAGACACACGCGACUUAUUGUUCAACGUUCAUAUUUGUUUGUUUUUUUUUUUUUUAUUUUCGUUAGGGACGAGACGAAUCGCUCGUUCGGGCGCGGUAUACCGUCUACGGUCGUCUUUUCCCGACUAACUGUUGUGUAGGGAUUUUCGGUCGUUAAUCUCCGCGUCGUCUGCAGUACACCACGCACGCUUCCGCAGUUGCGGUCCGCGCAAUCUGUGUGGGAUCAUCUCCGUUUCACCUGUCCUUCUACAUGCAUGCGUCGUAUUGGUCUGUUUGCAUUUGUUCCUAUAACUGUUUCGAACAGCUGAGACGAUCAAAAGUUCGUGAUUUUCAAAAGAAUAUUUUUAGCGAGAGCGCGAGUUCGGUAGAGUUUCUCUUUGACCGGUGGAAAGUUUUCCACUCAAUAUUAAUUUGCGAAACCGCUCUUAUAGAUUAUUACUGCACUCGUAUCCUCUGCUCGAAUAUUACGCGAGUAUAUUAUUGCAUUUUAUCGGUCCUUUGUAUGUUUGUGAUUAACAUACCCCGACCACUGCGUCGGUGUGCCAAAUUAAUAUAGUCGAAGAAAAGUGUUCUUUAAAAUAACCCGUAAAAAAAUAAAUAAUAAAUCACAAUUCACAAUGGUUUAGAUAUGUACAUAUUUUUACUUUUUAUAGGUUGUAUUUUCGUGGCGAUGGCACGAGAAAACGUUCGUGCAAAAUUGUUGUACUUAGUCUGCAUCCGUGUACCUAAUACACGUAAUUUAUAUUUAUACGCGGAAUUAUAGUAUCGUUGUAUGUAUUAUAAUAAAAGUAAAUAUAUUAUUAUAGUAAGGCCGAGUUCGCCCACGGUACGGACGUUUUUUUCUACUUUCUACUCGUUUAUAUACAGGCACUGCACGCAAACAACGGUAACGAUUAGGUACAUCGCAUUAUAUGAACGGGGCAAAAAAAAAAAAUGCCCUGAUAAAUCGUCGUCAUUAAUUCAAUCAAAUCGAAAAAUGUUUAUGAGACGCGUUUGCCAGUAUUCGAUGGUAUCGAAUUAUGUACGUAUUAUAUAUUCAAAACAUGAAUUGAUUUUUACCACGAAAACACAUAAACAAUAAGGAUAUAUAAAUGAAAAUAUAGAACGAAUACGAUACCUGCCUACCUUAUAUUUAUAAUUAGGGCUGUGAAUUUGAUGCAAAAAAAAGGCCAAAAGUAAAAAAAAAAAAACGCGUUCAUAAAGCAUUUUAAAUUCCGAAAAAUGCAAAAUUUAAAACAAAAGAAUUAAACAAAACCGGAAAUGUAUAAAUAAAUGUUUCGAAACCGAAUCGUUGUGUAAUUUGUAAUAAUAAAAAGUUAUGUUUAAAAAUUUAUCAGAAAAAAAAUAAGAGAAACAAGUUGAUAAUGGUGAUGGGUAAACCAUUGCUAAUGAAAAACGAUUCUGAACAGAGUAUAGUUAUUCGUAUUUGUUUCCUUUGCUGUCAAAAUAACAUAGAAAUCAACAAAAAUUGUACAAAAACUAAUUUCUCCCUUUUGAGAAAAACAUAAGAUCAUUAAUACGUCUUAUAGCAGGCCAUAAAAAAAUAUUAAUGAUCGCAUGUACUUAUCUUGAGGUUUAUAUUUAUUUAUAUCAACAAGGAAUUGUAAGUAAUGGUUAUUGGUUUAUGAUAAAAAAUAUUACAUAAUAUAAUUGUAUGUUUGUUAAUGUUCAACAUCGAAAUGAUAUUUGCGAAUAUGUCACUAAAAUUAGUUUUUACUUUACGAUAUAUUACGUUGCUAGAGAAACUAUCGUUGCUUUUUUUUGGUUGUUUUGUUUCCUGCACACAUCUCUUCACAACAGUAAUGUAUUACAUUGUUCUUUUUGAUUGUUUGAACCAAAAAACGUUGCAUUAUUUUCGUAACACUAAUUUUUUUUUCAUCCCCUGUCAUAAGACAUAUUCAUGUCAAAUUUGCCAGCUUUUCCGAUAUCAAAAAAUAACCCCCACAAUGCCCAUAACUAGGAAAAAAAAUGCUACAAGAGAGUUGAAUCAUUGGGGCAUUAGAGCAAGAUCUACCUAGUAGACAAAUUAUUUACAGACACAAAAAAACAACACAUAUAAUAUUAAAACCGAAACAUUUCUCGUUUCUCUCAGAAUCUAUAAUACAUUCGCUACAAAUGCACAGUCCAAAUAAUAUUAUUGUUUCGGAGACAGACCUGUAGUAGUUGUAUAGUAUAGGUAGCAGACCACGGCGAGCGUAAUGGUAUUAUUAUUAUUUGUCCAUCAUACGCGUUAUUCAUUAUGAUACGUAUAUUUAUGUGGUCCACACAAUGUGGGUCACUCUCGGAGUCGUAUCAUUCAAAUGAUUUUUAUCCGCUCUGCGGUGUUCUAUACACCAGCCAGAGUGACAAUUCAACGCACAAAUAUUAUAUGCCUACUAAUGAACGACCGGACCCCCGUUUCGCAGCAUCAGAAAUAAUCCCGAACGUUUUACUUUCUUCGGCUCGCCAGCAAGUAUACGUAUACGUGCAGCCACUGACAGCCUUUGUGCGACAGAAACAAGAGAAGGCCCGUCGUCAUCGCUCCUCUUAUAAUAAUAUCGCCCGUUGCCAUUAUUACAAUAUUAUAUUUGAUAUGUUUCACUUAUACUUGUAUUAUUUAUUUUCGUCCCCAGAUAUUAUAUGCAUCACAAUCAUAGUAAUAAUAACAAUAAUACUGACCCGACGACGACGCUGAUGAUGAGCGAAUUCUAGGCCAUCGUCGUCGUCCGCGUAAAAAUAUCGUUCGCGUUUCGAUUAUGUCACGGCGUGUUAACAAAUUUACGUAUACGAUUCGUGAUGUGAUUCGUGACUGCGCGCCGGCCGGUCAAAAACAGACAAUAUUGACAAGCUUUACAAAUUAUGAGAGACUAUAUCUAACCCGCUACCUGUUUCUAUGCACUCGUUAUCGAAAAUGGAAAUCAAAUUUAAUUGCGUGGAAAUUUAUUAUUCCCCGUUUUCUAUUAAAUAUAUUACUUGUUCUAUUUUCUUGUUUUUUUUUUUUUUUUUUUAACAUUCUUCGUGUAGCGAGUGCGAUUAGUUAUAUUACGAUGUGUUUUUUUCUCUCCUUGGAAAAUAUAUUUUUUCGAUUAGUGCAAAUGUUCCAAAUUAUUCUAGUAGUAAAAAUUGCGGAUUUUCCAAAAAAAAAUUCUAGUCUUAAUAGUUAUUUCAAAAAAUUUAAAAACUGACGACAAGCAUAUACGUAUUGUUUUUAUUUUUGUUGAUUUCUGGCUUACCUUGACUAUACAAGGAAACAUUUCCCUGAUGCUAUAACCAUAGCAGUUUACCGAGCUUCGCUCAGAAUUUUCUCUCGAUUGCAUUUAUUCACCGUUGUUUUCAUUACAUAAACUAAAUUAUCCUAUAUAUUCUUCUAUACCUUUCUGAUUCCCCACAUAUACAACAUAUUGGCCUACCCGUGGUGUGCAGUGUGUCCGGCUUUUUUACUAUUCUGUAUUACAAUCACAAAAAAUAAUAUUGCAGCUCGAAACCGAAUAACCUGAAUCAAUUUUCGAUUUUUUUUUUUUUAAACUAUUGAUUUAAUCGUUUUGAUAAUCUCGGACCACGUACGUACAUACCUUUAUUAUAAUAUUAAACAAGACUGCAUAGGCAUAUGCACAAUUGUUCUCAAUUUUUUGUAGUUUAACAUUUUUUUUUUUCCAUUUUAUUCAAAAUAUUCAUAAAAUAUAAUAGUAUAUUCUAUAAUAUAACGGUGCAUUGAUUAGUUAUUGAUCUCCAUUGAACGUUUUCAAUUGUUUCGUUUUAGUAUACUAUAGCGGCAACAGGAGUUGUGUGCGAUCGCAAAACGACGCGAAAAGAAAUAGGAAAAUCGUGGGGGACGUCGUCGCGUCGGCGGCGUGCGUUGUGACCCAGUAAAUGAAUAGAAACUAAAAAAAACUAAUAAUAAAAAAAAAAAAAAAAACUGGACCACGGUACGUGCAGACGGAUGCCAUUUUAAUAAUAAUAAUGUUUUUCGUCGUAUUCAGUAACGGAUUCGUUUAUACAUACUAUAUUAUUAUAUUAUUAACCGAGAGAGAAGAUUAUAAUACGAUGGCUCGCGUGAAUGUGUAUAUGAUUAAUUUGUCACGCAGCAAAAUAAAGAACCGUGAUCCAGCAAUCAACCGACCGACCUCGAGACCUUCACCCAUUUUUUUCCCUACUGCAGUAUUAUGUGUCGGUACUAUAAUAUUGCCGUGUCAUUUAUUCAUUAUUAUUAUUAUUUUAUUACUACUGCGAUAUGUGCAGUAUACCACGACAGUAGUGAUAUUGUAUUGCGGAUAUAGGUGGCACUAUAGUAAAUCGGUAAUUUUCGUUGAUUUUUUUUUUUCUAGAUUCUGAACGAAUCGAGAAAUGUAUCGAUUUGACUAUGAUGAGUUAUUAAUUUUUAUUUUUGCGGCUGUAAACAACUUUUCUACCUACCGGAAAUCUUCCUACGAUCGAAAAUUGUAUAGGAGUUUUCUUGUCGAAUUUUCGAUCUAGUUAGUGUAUUGCAGAGGCUGUUUUUCGAUUUUCUUUGUAUGUUUUUUUUAAUAAACGGGAAAAAUUGGCAACUUUUUAUGUUUUCUUGGUUAUGUUGGCAACAAAAUACUACUAUUAAUAUUCUUCGUUCAGAAUUGUCUUUCGUUGAUAAUUUAUUUACCGUUACGAGCAUAAAUAAAUUGAACUACUAUAAAUAUACUCCUUUCCAACUUUCCUUCUAAAACAGCGGCACGCCCAUCAGCAAUAUCAGUCUCUUUUUUUUCCACGGCCGCUGGGGAAACGAUGACAUCCAUCGAAAUAGGUAUUGUAUUUACUCGGCCGACGAUGAGACGUUCUGAUGGAUACGGAAAAAGAAAUCAAACGAUAACUAUGACGUGUAUAAUUGAACAGACAGACGACUGAAAUAAUAAUAUUGUAGAACGAGAAAAUUGUCAUCAAAGAGGCAGUUGUAAUAAAAAGUAUGUAUUGGGUAUUGGGUUGCAUUUGAAGUUUUUCUGAUCCGAUCGGUCGCAGAAAACGUCUUCGUUUCAAACUUACUCGAAGCUCACGAUAUCUCGGAUGACGGUCGUCUCCGUACUACAGUUAAAAUUCGGCGUGAUAAUAAAUAUAAUAUGUUCGUAAAAUCUGCGUUUCCCCCAUAUCUAGUCUGGUUUCUUAUAAUAGUGAAGUUCAAUUUUGAUUCGUCUCCGCGAGUAUCGAGGCUAUUUUACUCGAAGCGGUCAAGACUGGUUAUCAUCGCAUGGUUCUUUGAACUGCAGACUGUUUGAAUAUUUAUCUAUCAUCAUAAAUAGAUAUUAUAUAAAUAAUCCAAAGUAUUUUUGGUUCACCUCAAGCAGUUUUAUUGCAGCCAGUACAAUGGUAUAAAAAUGCCGUUUCGAUCGUUUUGCCGAUGGAAGAGUCUAUACAUUUCCACAUAUAAUUAUCUACCGUACAUAAAUCGUACUGCGCGGAUCUAUUAUCUAUCAUAUUAUUAUAUCGGGUCGUGAUGGUAUACAAUAAUGUUUUAUAGCUUUUCUUUAUUAUUAUUGAAGUUAUCGUUAUACCUCUUUACAGAAUACGAAUUAAAACGAUUUUCUGAAUGAUAUAUUAUGUGCGAUAGUCGCGGUACUCGCUUUUCCAGCUCCUUUGUGUACCGAUUUAAACUGUCUGCACUUGUAUUGCACCGACUGCAACAGCAGGCCCCUAUAUAUAUAUACACGGUAGAUAUAAUUGCAUCGAUACCAAUAAAAAUGAAUACAAUAUAAUAUUGCGUAUAAAAACAUUAAACGUAUUAUAAACGACCGGGUCUUCGAGAUAUUGGAGAUAUGAAAAAUUGUAUUUAUAUAUACGAUAAACCGUUCUAUAUUAUUGGAACAGGAAUGCCGUCGUUGUAUUUAUUGGAUUUCAAUCGUAUAUAUUACACAAAUGUAUUCCAAAUAGCAUUCGGUAAAUGCGUGAGAGGAAUAAAAUUUACGAACAACCAACGGCGACAAAGUUUCUCUCGGCCAGUUGAAAUUAAAUUUGGUUUUAUUGUUGUGAUUUUUUUUUUUUUAGUCAGUAGUCUGACAUUUCAAGCUUCUAUUAUUCUAUAUAAAUUUAAUUUACCCUUUGCUAUCAUUACUAUAUCUACAUAUACUCCACACGUCUUCACUCAUUUAUCUUCCCUAUUUAGCCUUUAUAACCUUUAUAAUAACCUUUAUCCACGUUUGCUUAGACCUAUAUCUUUAACUAAUCUCGUAUACUUUCUUGACCAUGUUAAAUUUCAUAUUCUCGUCGUUUUUAAUUCUAUCACAAUUAGUGGCGUAGCUAGGAUUUAUCCUAUUUAUGGGUUUUUUGAGAGGAGGGUCUAGGGGGAUUUAGAGGUCUGCAUCAUUCUUAACCUUACCUAUAGCUAAAAAAAUAAAAGAAAAAAAUUAAAUGGGGGCAGUAAAACACCCGAACCCUCCUCAAUGGCUGUACCACUGCUCACAACACUCGUAUACACACCGGUCACAUUUCAAUAUUUUUAUCUUUUAAUCUUUUUUUCACUUUAUAUUUCCCAUCAUUUGUCGAAUAUGUAUUCCACUACAAUAAACCCUAAUCUUAUUUUGUUUACUCCUAUUUUACUCAUCGGCCUUAUCCCAUAUACCUAAGUAGUUCAUUAUAAUAUACUGGCUUCACAGAUGUACCUUUAUAGUUAUAAUGACGAAUAUAUUGAUUACCUACUGAAUAUUCACGGUUUUGGAUUAGCGGUAUAAUUAUUAUCGAUAACUAAUACCGUAUAAUUUUUCCGCUCCGAAUGUCUCGGAAUAUCUAACCGAUAACAGUGACAUCGCGCGCCUAUAUUAUUAUACUAUUGAGGAUCACGACGUGAAGCCGACAACCAGUAAGCCGACAGAGUACGUUGGGCUAAUGAUAUCAAUGCACUCGUGCGAUAAUAAUAAUGGAAAUACAUAUUAUACCUAUACCGUUUACGCGCCAAACCGUAGAAGAAACCCGUUAACAUAUACCUAGUUAAUUCAGUUGAUUAUUAUAAUAUAUGUAUUGUUUUUUAUUUUCCUAACAAUUGUUUUUUUUUUCCUUCCGAAAUAAUUUAUACGGUGAAAUUACAUCGAACAUAACAAUAGUGAGAUAAAAAAAAAAAAGAAUCAAGGAUAAACACGCGGGGAUAAAUUUUUUUUUUCAUCAUAUGAUAUAACGUUCGAACGUCUGUUUUGCGUGACCAACAUCGGGGUUAAUAAAAAAUAAUUAUAAUAAUAAUCACAUGACCGAUUAUUAUUGACAAUGGCCAACCGACGGUAGAUUACUCGUAUAUUAUUCACGUAUCCAUUCACGUUGGUCACGAGGAACUCAGCAGUGUGUAGAGGAUAUUUCAAUUCCAAAUCUAAGUAUAUUCAAAAUGAAUGACCUAAAAUUACCACCUCAUCACUUACCCUGCCUCGUUUCCACAUAAUAUUUCUAUAGCUAAACAACUCCAUUGAAGAAACGCCCUUCACCAUCACACCUGAACUACCGAAGAUCACUUCACAGUUUACUUGUAAAUGAUAAUAACCGAUAUGCUCGUACAGAUAAUUUGAGUUAAACAUGUUUUUAUAAUAUAUAUACUUGCAAGAUGGUACCGCGUAAAUUUAUAUUUUUUUUUUCUUUACGAUACAGUUUUUCAUUAUUAUUUUUUUCUAAACCAUCGAAAUAUAUUUAAAAAAUAAUAAUAUAAAAACCGAAGCCAUCAUCACAAUCUAGAUGAAUAAAAAUAAAACGCAUUAGCCCAGUUUACAGUUAUAGUAAAAAAAAAAAAUGUAGGUUUUAAUAUUAACAGACUGUUUAUGAGAAAAAACACGAGGAAAAAAUAUUGUUCUUUCACGUCAUAUUUUUCUAUUGUAGAUAUUCGGGGUCGGUUGACUUAUAAUCUACAACCUCCACUUUCAUCUGACACUAUACUAUACCUCCAUUGCCCACGCAAAUAACAAAUAGAACCUCUCGAUUAUGUAUGUCUGUCCAUCAUCGUUUCUUCUUCUUCUGCACAUGAAAAAUCGAUUUAUGAGUUUCAUAUAUUAUUAUUCUAUUUCAUAGGGAAAAAAAAUUAUAUUCGAUACAAUUGAAUAAUAAAUGCUGUACAGAGAAUACGUUUGAAAUGUAUAGGUAAAAAAUCAUUACAUAGUUGCAUUCGCACAAAAUGUAUCUUUUAAAAUUAUUAAGUUCUCGAAAAAUUGUUUUAAAAAAAUGUAAAAUUUCGACUGCACCGAUGAAACGGAAAUAUAAUUCAGAGUAUUUUCGUUUAAAAAAAAAAUACUGUCUAUUUAUCAACAGAUAUAAUAUAUUGUUUUAUAGCUUAGUAUUUAUUCAUUUAAUAAACUAAUGUUGUAAAUAAAUUGUCCCCGUCGUUCAAAAAGCGACAGAGUAAAAGAAAAACAUGUUUAAUUGUCUUAUUUUAUCCGUAGUUAUGUACGCAAAUAGUGUCAAAACGAUAUAAUAAAUAUAUUAGUUUAUAAAACACCGUAUAUAGAUAUAUAGAUGCAAAAAAUAUUACGAGACCGACAUUCUGAAAUACCGCAUUAUUGAGUUUGCUCGGCUGCAGAAUCUGUUCCGUGCUAUCGAACAUAUAGAUGACCUCGUCAAAUUAAAAACUGCGCCAACGGUAUUGAACUACGUGCCUAGCGCUGAAUCCAUUCGGUUCUGUGCCGUUGCAAUUGCUGACGACCGAGAAAACCUAAUUAAAUCAACACCGAACGCGUAUUUUCAGAUUUUUUUCGCCUUCUAUUACUUUUCGACAUUGUCGGUCUGACCCGUUUUUAUCACCAGACGACAAUAAUAAUAUUAUUAUGCUGCUCGUCGCCACAGCAACCGCGGACGGAGCUCCGUUGCUACGGCACAGGGUGUCGCGGAGCAUUGUCUGCACGCAGCUGCAGGUGCCGCGUGGUCUCGAUUUUUCAACAUCAUAAAUAAUAAUAAUUGACAGAUUCUCGUUGAAUUCGUAAUAAUAUUCUCGACGCGACGCGUCCAGUCAUCGUGAAUUCCUGCAGGUGAAAGAAUAAUAAUCGUCACCAAAAACACGGAUCGUUAUUAUAUAUUAUACGAGCAUUAUAUACGAAUCUCCGUCACAAUUGUGCUUUAUUACGUUUGGCAACCAAGUGUUAUUGUUUCCCCUCCGACCGCCAACCCCAGCUGCCCACGACCUCCGGCCAUUUGUAUACAUCUCUCAUGCAUCUCUCUACAUUGUUGCAGCAAAACACUCAGUAUUAUUAUAUAUUAUACGAGUAUAUACUGCAGAAAUCCAAGUGUGACAGAUGAACAACAAUAAUAAUUAUAUUAUGUAUAGUAUACCUAUCUACCUAUCUACCUGUCCGUAGUACUGCUCUGUCAUUAUUGUAGGUACGCGCGGAACGAAGAUCGCGGUAUAAAAUUGCGAUUGAAAAGAAAAAUAUAUUAUAUAGGGCUGAACACUGCUGCAACUUCCCCUCCUGACUCCUAUUAUCAUUAUUAUAUUAUUAUCGUUAUUAUCGCGUGUGUGCGUGUUAUAAUAACACUACUGUAACAGCACCAGUAACUUAUCAUAACUAUAUACACUCUCCUUCGAGAUGAGAUUAACGGUAUACCUAUACCUAUCUGCCUAUUUAUACCGACGUCAAGUCCAGCCGAUAUAAAACAAUAGCCCGCGUACUUUGUUUACGCUCGCGCGUGGUUCGCCAGAAAUCUAGAUAUCACAUUAUAUAUAUAUAGGCACGGUUUACUGCCGUCGCCGCCGCUGAUAAAUUAAAAUUAUAAACGGGUGCGUAAAAAUAGCCGUAUCGAAUGGCGGAAUGGACGAAAAUCACCUGGCAAGCGGCGGGUCUUUUCUCUUUACCGCCUCUCUCGAACCAACAGUAUCGUAUAAUAUUAUUCGGGAAACGACUGAAUGGACGGCGUUAUUCAACUAUUGUGCAGCCGAUUCGCGGACACUAUCAUUUUUAUUUGGUCCAGUAAAUAUAAUACUAUAGAGGGUAUAUAUUAAAAAUCCAAGACGAUCGCCGCACGAUUCCUUCUAUCUUGCUAUAACUACUCGUGCGCCAGAUCGCCGUGGGCAGUUAUUGAACUGCAGCUGUAUUUUUAUAAUACGACCUACCGGCAUGACGAAGCGAGGUAAAGAAAAAUUUAAAAAAUAAUAUAGGUACAGCAUCCACCUACUUAAAAAUAAAAUCCAAUAAAGCAGAAGCGUUAGGAUGUUUUUGCACGAUGACUAGGCAAUAUAUCUUACCUUACCUUACCUAACUAAAUUAAUAUACUUUUUUUUUUUUUUGCAAAUCUCUCGUGAUGAAAAUUUAUAAUAUUAUAUAUAGGUGCACUCGCCGGCUGUCUACAGCAACACUAUAAGUAAUAUAUAGAUAAUAAUAUUAUUAUGAUAUAUAUUUAUAGCUUAUCUGCGCGCCAAAUCUGAUUAUUUCCCCGUCGUUUAUAUUACUCGCGACAUCAUUAAGUAUGUAUUAUCGAAAUUGUAAAAAUAUCGUCGUCCUUUUGCGCAAAUAUAUAUUAUUUUAACGACCAGUGUGAUUUUUGUUCCGUGUUUUUAUUAAACUCAUAAUAUUAUACUCUCGAAAGAUUUUAUGUGCGUUUAUUUAGGCUUUAUCCGCUUAUUACCCGCGCGACCGGUGCACUGACCCAGUUCGCAAAGAGAGUUUAACGCCCGUCCGCCUGCCAAAAAUAAAUAUACCCGCAUGUCAUAUACGCGUCAAUUAUAUUAAGUCUCCAACUCGAACGUUAAUGCGUGUUCCAUGCAUGGUUACACAUAUAACAAAAUAAUAAUAAUAAAAAAAAAAAUCCCCGUAAUAUAUAAUAAUUUAAAUAGUUUGUCCAUUCAAAAACGUUUAAUUUUAAACGAAAUAAUAAUUUAUUAUAGGUAGGUAUAUUGUUUACCGUCGUACACAAAUUUGAAAAAAAGGAGGGUAAUGGAAGUUAUAUAAGUAUAAUUGUUUGCAAUCUUUUUUACAGAUAAUGUUUUCUCUCCAUAUAAUAACUACUAUCAGACCUCCGUCUACGUGGUCCUUUUCUAAAGUCCAUAUCAUAUUUUGUUCAAAUGUAGUAUAUUAUACAUUAUACAUUUAUCAUUUAUUUGUAUCCAUCGACACUGUGAAAACAAAUAGUGUAUAUAUUAUGUUCAUGAAACGAAAUAAAUCCGCAUUUUGUAUAUUUGUAUGUUUUUAUUUUUGACAUCAUUGGAUUAUUAUUCAAACGCUGUAAUUUCAACAAACUAUGAAGAUACAGGAUGCUAUUUAUAUAGACAACCUUAUAGUUAACUCGAAAAAAAAUCGUUAAGUUACGAGGUAUAACUGGCAUGCAGAAUAUCUUAGUUGAAUUUAGACAAGUCCUGGAGUUUGGUCUACGCGUAUUAUGCAAGACGUGUAUUAUACCUACGUUUAUAUUGUUAAAAGUAAUUCGUAUCAAAUUGCGCACACGUGUUACCUAUUCUUAUAGCAUUACAUAUUGUUAUUAAUUUGACGACGGGACAUGCCGUUAUUAUUAUGCCGUCAGUGCGCGCGCAUUCUUUCGCGUAUAAUAUUUAUUUAAUCUUUUCAGCGAUUACUGUAAUUUAAACGUUAUUAUUUUAUCACUAUUAUAUACCUACCUACUGGCCGCUAUACAUGCGAUAAUAACAACACCGCCGGUAUAGUAAUUCCGCUAGAGAUUUGCUGCUUUUCAGAUUCUGCGCAUCAGCACAACGUAACCAACAAAGUGACCGAGUUAUACGUUUAUUUUGAUAUUUUAUACGAACGUGAUUAAGACGUGGGCACGUAUUUACUGAGUACCUACCCGUCUAUUUAUGGUUAGAAAACUUAUCAUAAAAUAAAUCAUUUUCCAUUUUUCUUUUUAGAAAUGUCCAUUUUUUGAUUCCGCAUUUAUUGGUUUAUCGUUAACAACUUUAAAAUUAAGGUCGCACCAUUGAAUUCGACGUUUAAAAUACACACAAAUAAAACGAUAAAAAUAAAAAUUUGAACCAUUUUUGACUACAUUGACAAAUACUUGACGUAUUUUGAAAAAAUAGUAGUUUAAUAGUGUUAUGUCUAUAUCUUCUUUAGUACGAUCCGUGCAACUGUUGCAUUAACCAGUUUUCAUUUAUAUUUAACUUUUAAUAAAACAGAUUGGUGGUCAUCUUUAAUUCACGGAAAUCUGCCGGGCAACCCGGUGCGUUGAGAUUUAAGAAUUUAGAAACACUUUUAUAACCACUAUUGAACAGUAAAUCGUUCGUGUAAAACGGUUACAUUUUAUCAUCCUGAAGUAAAACGCGCGGAUUUGACAAAAAUUACGAUAAUAUUAUUUUUACAUAAUGAAUUCACAGUUAAAACUACUGUAUAACGUUGCCAGGUUAGUGCGAUGAUGUUUAUAAAAUAUUAUAUUUCGUCGUAAAUAAUGACGAUAUAAUAUUAUAAGCGGUCCGUUGACAAUUUUCACGUAUUUUUUUUAAUACAACAAAAUUAAUUAUAUUUACAGUUAUUAUUAAACUAUAAUAUAUACAUAUCUGUAGAAUAGGAUGACGUAUAGAUAUUUAUGUAAAAAAUUAUGCAGAUAUUUUAUUAUUGUAUAAUAUUAUAUUAUUUUUAAUCAAAUGACUGCAGGGUUUUUUUUCCUUAUGUAUAUUUGAGCGAAGCGAGGAAUGCAUUGGUUUUACUAUGAUGCGUUUUAUUGUGUGUAUAUAAACAGCUUUUCUACCAGAAUAUCUUGCUCAAAAUCAAAAUCGUUUGUAGGAACUUACUCGUAACGUUUUUGGUAUAUUUGAUGAGAAAUUAUUUUUCGAUUUACGAACCGUAUGGUUAUCUUAAUAAACGGAAAAAACUGUGUCAUUUUUGUUGAUUUUUGAGUUACUUUGGCUACAAGGAAUAAAUGUUUGACAAUUUUAUGACUUUUCUCGUGGAGGAAAACUACGAAAACCGACAUUGGACUAACAGUAACGAUUUUAUGUUAAAAUAUUCAGACAUUGGCAUGAUUGUCUACAACGGCAGUUCAUUUACCGAACGUCGGCUUCUAUUAUAUUACACUUACGCAUAUAAUAUUAUAAUAAUUACACGGUAGGCUGAUCGAGUUAUCGUCGUCGGGAAAAACGUUCGGUUUAUAGUCGCGAACGUGACCGGAUACGCAGACGUAUAGACGUAUACAUAAUAUUAUACGAAUUUUUUUUUAUUUUUUUUUUUUGUCAAGUUAUGCAUAGAUUUAUUAAUAUUUCUUGGAAAAUCGAUUUUUUUUUUUUUUUUUUACGAAAAGGCCCAUUAUAAUAAUAAUAUUUUUCAUUUUUUGUCCAUUCGUCUCGUACGAACUUCGUUUAAUUGCCGAUACCUGUACGCUCAUACGUGCUGCGGGUUCACGAUGCUGGUGAUGCAGCGGACAGAAGAAAAAUGACAUACGUGCGACUACCGAUUUUCCGAGAUAGUUCCUUGAACUCAGCAUCGCACUACGAUUCGACUCGAUUUUUUUAUAUUAUAUUAUACGGUCGCGCUGCGGAGUAUUCCGUUUGUUGUGUUGCAUAUACGCGUGUUGUAGUCGUAUACCUACGUAUGUAUGACGGAUAGGGAAGAUACAAAAAAUUAUUAGAAAAAAAAAGAAACGAAAAAUUACAUACAUAGUUUUUAAUAUAAAAAUGUUGUUGUCGGUGUUUCGCGCGAUUCAAAUCGUUAGGAGUGGGUUUUUUUUUGUACACGUCAAGAGCGAAUAUUCUCGUAAUAUUUCAGCAAGUAUCUGUUGCACAGUCUAUUCACCUCACACGGUUAAAUGCAAGUGAAGAAAAAAAAAAAAAAACGAAAAGUAAUGCAUAUAACUCGAAGUUUUAUAAAUAUAACUACUACUUCAAUGAUGAAAAUUUCCAUACCAAAACAUUACGAAUUAUUAUAAUACCUACCUAGUUGAAGAGGCGAAUAAAAAAAUAAUAACGUCUUAUGGAAAAAAAAAACCUCUAGCCCAACAUAAUAAUGAUCUCUGUAUAUAUUUAAAACGAUAUUAUCGCUUUAAACGCGAGAAAUAUUAAUUUCACGAUUUCUGUAUGAUAUUAUAGCGUGAUAACGAAAUCAUAUACUAGAUUCAUAAAAAGGUUUAUUUUGAAUUUAAAUUAUUAGGUACAAGCCUCUAUAAUAAUAUGAAUAAAAAUUGAUAAUAAUCAUCGACCGUUUUACCAUGGACGUCAUUUUUCAAGAAUAAAAUUAAUAUUAUGUGUUUUUGUUUAUUUCAGGAGCUUUUUAAAAUAUGACAACUGCCGGCCUAGUUCAUUCCGGUAGUUGGUCGAGGAGAUGGCCACUAUAUAUUUUACUAUUGUGGACGAACUUUGCAGUCAACGUGUUCGGUACGUAUCGUAAUUUGGUGUAAUUAUAAAACUCGAGUAUUUUUAAAAAUUUUUUUUUUAAACGCCAAACAAUAUUAUGAAUAACUAUCAACUAAAGUUCAUGUAUAGUAUAUAAGUAGAUUCUACUUAUACUUAUUUAUGACACUCGGUAACGUUUUGUGAAAAUCGAUCACUUACACGGUGUGUUAAUAAUAUUGUAUGACUAAUAUAUAUGGGUAAUAAAAUGAGUUUUUAUUUUUUUCUUAAUUUUUAAACCGGUUAGUCCACGUUACUUCAUUUAUCGUGAUUAUUGUUAUUGUUGUUAUUAAUUUUAAGAUUAUAGUUUGUCGCAGCUCUCAUUCAUAUGGUUCAAGUACAUUAGUUUAUUUUUUUUUAUGUGAACACUUUUUCUACCAGAAAGCUUACACUGAUUAUCAAAUAUAUAGCACCUUUCUUGAAAGGAAAUGUUUUCUGAAUGGUACUUUAGAGAGGUCAUUUUGUGAAAUUCACAUUAAUAUUCGAGAUAAUGAAGAAAACCUGGUUUUUUCGGAUAAACGCAAUUGAAAUAUUAAAAAUAAAGUUUUCAUUGGCAACCAUUUUUAUUUAUAUUUUGUUAUUAUUAAGUUUUUAUUAUUUUAAAAAAUCUUUUUUAAACAAUCAUUGUUGUCGUGAAAACACAAAUUGUUGAAAAAGCAAUACUAUAUAGACCGAGUUAUAUUAAAAUAAAAUAAAUUUCGAUUUAAAUACAUUCUUUUAGCUAUUAAUCUUUACAUUUUAUUUCUUUGUUCUAAACUUAAAUAUUAAUAUCAACUGAACUCCGCUCAAAAUCAUUUUUUCGUUAGCAAUGAUUUAUCGUUGCUUACAGAUAUACAUAAAAUUCCCUUCUGUAUCCUACCUUUCCAACUUCCCAUUUACAACAGUGGCUGCACUCACGUGCAUAGUAUGUCCGUCUUUUGUAUAUUUUAAUGUUCAAAAUUCUACUGUUGUUUUGUAUUAGUUAAAAAAAAUAAAAUAAAAUACGAAUAGACUUAACUUAUAAUGCAUAUUGAUUUAAAUAAUUUUUCACUGUAAGCUUAAUUGACACACACUAAAUUAAGGAAACGUAAAAUAUGGGUUAAGUUCACUUGACUCUUUAUACACGGUGCAUAUAAAAAGCGCAUUUUAGUUUACGUCACUAUUUUAUCAAAAAUGUGACAUAACGAUUAACUGUGUUUAAAUUGAAACGCUCAAAACUUAAAACUUAAAAAAAAAUCAUGACUUAUUUUAAAACGCACAUUAAAAUAAAUCUUUAUUUUAUGAAAAUAGCCUAUUUUUCAGAAUUUAGCUUAACACCUUUACACGCGCACCCACGUUUUCUAACCUAACCUAACACGUAUCGCGUGAACAGGUUUUUCGCCUUUGAACUUUUCCAAAUCCCGAAAAUCAUAUUCCACGUAGAUAUAUUUAUAAAUGAUGUAAUAAUAGUAAUAUAUAGCCAUUACGACUAGUGUGUGACACUAUAAUUAUUAUAUAUUAUUAUUAUUAUUAUUAUUGUUGUUGUCCGCGAUGACUGCAGCGCAUGGCGCGACCGAAGACGGCGGAAACGGCGGCACCGGCCGUUAUAAUAUUAUAUACAGUACAAGUAUAUAGCCGCACCUGUAUAUACUGUGACAAUAAUAAGCGUGUGUAUAAUACAGUAAUUUAAAAAUUUACAAUUGGAUUGUGUGAAUCGAACUCUGCGGGAACAGAAGUGAUGACGUAGAAAAAUAAUAUAUAGGUACUGUGUGCGACGAGAGAGAGAGGAAAGAAAAGCGGGGUGAUAAGAAAAAAAAAAAUAAAAAACAACAACAACAAAUUCCGAACAACUUGUAUAUACCAAUAAUAAGUAUAUACGUAUUAAAAGAGUACGGAUUGCACUUAUUAGCUAUUGCGUCCGACGACGAUUGUGUAUAAGUAGUAUAGUGUGUGCGGGCGACAGACGAACUCGAAAUCGAAUGGGAAAUCGAUGAAAUAAUAAUAACAAUAAUAAUAAUAUUAUUAUUAUAUUAUAUCAAUAAUAGUCUCGCGUAGUCGUCUUCGUCGCCGUUGUUGUAGUUGCAGUUAUACUCGUAUAUUAUUUCGGGUACUUUAUUAUAUAUGGUACCUACCUUCGUAUUAUAUGACACCAAAAUGCCGACCGAAGGUGAGGACAAUCGCGGUAGCGGCCAAUCGGAUACCGAACUGCGAUCGGUGUGCGGGUGAACGAAAUAAAAAAAAGAAUCUAUAGAUUAUAUAGAUACCUGUAAAAAAAAAAUAAUAAUAAUAAUGAAAAAACCAACCGCGCUGACGUGACGGAUUUGUGUAUUAUUAACUAGACUUACGACGACGUGUGAACGUAAAUCCCGUCCAACGGGCUCCGGUAACGGUCCGCUGUAUUAUGUUGGCGAUUUUCCGACGCGUCGUCUCGUGCCGUGGGAAACGGUCAAAAGUUGUCCGUCGAUACCGGAAAUGUGAAAACAAAUUGUUCACGUCGAUAUAACAAUGACUGUGUUAAGCCGGUUUUAUAAAUUUUGUAAAAUUUUAAAAUUAUCAUUAACAUUUGAAUGACGUGCACUUUAAAGAUAAGAUCUUUCCACUGUAAUCUAUACUGUCCUAUAUCCAUUUAAAACGAAGGCAUACAGCAGUUUUACGAACGAAAAUUACUUUGAGAGAAUAUUAGGAAUAAAAUAAAUCAUUGUGGUGUAUACGUAUUAUUUUCUUAACCUUUUUUUUUUAAAAUUGAUAAACAACAUUGGCGGUAUUAAAUUUCGAUUUUUCAUCCGAUUUUAAAUAAUGGUAUAAAAGAAUAGAAAAAAAAAAAAAAAAUUGAGAUGAAAAUAUUAAUAAGCUGGACAAAUUCACAGGAACAGACCCUAUUCUGCUUUUUUUUAGUAUACUUAAGGAACUACUAGGACUUUAGACCUAUAGGUCCUGUAGACCGCGUAGUUUUCGUCUGCGUACGGGUGACGUAGCCGAAAUACAUUCACAUAAACGAAAAUGAUGUCUUUAAAAUCGAUUUUUGAGAUAAAACUUCUAAACGCAAGUACGAUUUGUUGGCGAAGGUAACAUUAUCGUUAGCAAUUUUUGGAAAUAUAUAUUAUUUAAAAAGUUACAAUUUCAAAAAAAAAGUACAAAUAUAAAAUACUAUUUUGUUUUUUUCGAAUAAUUAAUUUCGAAAGUGAGCUCGAAUCUUUUAGAGAAUUCUUGUAAAACGUCUACGGAAUUACCUUCGAAAUGUUAUCGUCUACACUGUUUAUAGUGUACUUAUACACCGAUAUUGUUUUAUUAUAUUAAAUAACGGAACACGUAAAAGUCCUACGACCGGGGGAAUCGUAUUAAUUUUCGCGUGCGGUUGACAACAUUUGUCCAGAUUAGAACGUCACGCCCAAAUAAUUUAUGCGUUGAGAUAAUCGUUUCGAAACGGUUAUACGACCGGUGAUAGACUUUAAUUUUCCCGAAAAACCCCCCGUCCACGACAUCCGCCGUACAUAAUAUUACUCGUAUAUCCGCCGUAUACAUUAUUCGUGUUUAAUAUUAUCAUCAGGUAAGUACGCUAUAAUAUACGCUGGACGAAAGGAAGGCAUUUUUUUUUAUCCUGUUCACACAAAUCGUAGGAAAUUUGCACGGUGACGUUACCCGGCGUUUUGUAUAUUUUUUCUCUUUCGUUUUAUACGUCCGUGUCCGCGCGAAAUGGUCAAAGAACAAAGCGCGGUCGCGUCGUCGCGAUCGGACGCGGCUGACAGACUGCAGUGCCUGGCAGCUGAUCAAUAUGAUACAGCUAAUAGGUAUAGGUAUAGUCAUUCGAAUACUUAUACUGAAAAUCGUGUUUUUCUGUCGUUUUGCACAAUCGUUACACUAUACUGUAUAUUUUCGUAAGUAAUAAUAUGAUGCGUGUUCUCGACUUAAGCGAUCAGCGAAAACGGCUCGAUCGUUUUGAAUAGAUGGUUUUUUUUUUUUCUAAAAAAAACAUUUAUUUUUUCUCCCAUUUCCCUCGCAUAUAAUUUAUAAACUCCAACGCGACCGCGGGAGUCGGUGUUUCGCGCGCGCGGAAAGAGACGAGUCGACGAAAAACAAAUCGUUGGACGACGGGGUAAUCGAACUCUUUAUACAGUCCUGUUACUGUACCGCUGGUAUCUAUAUAGGUACCUGCCUUUAGUUAUCCACUGAUGCGCGUACACUGACAAUAAUCACAUUCCGAAGGGUUGAUUGAUUUGCUUAUUCUUGUACUAUGUUCGUGUUGUUUUCUUUAAACCCGCCGAGCACGUCUUGUUUAAAUUAUUAUUAUGUAAAAAAAAAAAAAUUGUAAAGUAUUUUUUUCAGUUUUUUUUUUUUGCAAAACGGCAUUAUGUUAGGCACCUAAUUAUAUAUAUAUAUAUUACCUACACGGUGUCAUCACGACAUCACGGUGGUUCGAUUCGACUCGGUGAAUCUUCACCAUACUAUCGCGGUCCCGACAUUUUGUUAAAUAAUAACACAAUAAAUAAUAUUAUAAUUACCAGAACAAAAUACGUUACGCGCAAUUAGUCCGGCAUCUCGAAGUUUUUUUCAACAAUAAAACCACCAUGUUACGUGUAUAUGCUAUACAUAAGUAUUUUGAAAAGUUGAAUUACCGAUUUACUAAGUAUACAUUAUUGUUAUUAUUAUUAUUAUUAUUAUUGUUAUUACACUCGACAUAAUACUACGGCCGAGAACGCGAUUAAAUCGGAAAUAUUUGUUCGAUUUUAUUCUAUGUAUUUAUCGGUCGUGCAAACGUUUUAAAAGGGAUCCACAACGCCGUUAUUGUUACUGUCCGUUAUUCGCUAAGAGUUGUGUGUCAUAUUUUUCACGUACAGAUUUCUAUCUUCUAUACCAACCCGCCAACCCGCGGGCCGCCACGGCAGAUUUUAAUAUGGUCCUCACUUCAAUUUGAAAUCAUCAAUUAAUUAUACAUAAUAUUAUGAGAAAAAAAUGUAUUUUAAGAAUAUAAAACUAUAAACUAUUAAAAAUUAAAUAUUACUCAAUAGUAACUCACUAUUAUAUGAAACUUUUAUCUUUGUUGGGAUCCGAUAGCGACAAAGAAACUAAUAUUAGCCUUCCAUUGAUGUAUUCGAUAUAUUGUAUUAGUUAUUAUGAAGGGAAUAAAAUGAUGUGAAAUAUAAUUUAUAACUAUACCUAUCAUUUAUCAUUUGUUCGGAAAUUAGAAUCAAAACUAUAAUAGUUUGACAAUUUUACACAAUUUAUAUAUAAUUUAAAAUUUUGAGCGGAUAAUACCAUAUAAUAUUUCCAUUCGCAGCAGGAAAAAAUGUCGAUAACGAGUGGAAAUAGCACGAGAAAGGUGUUGAGCGGAAAACGCACGGGCGGAAAGAGCACGGCGCGCGGCGCUUAUAAGUUCUGUCGUUUUAUCUCUUCUGGAUUGAGUAAUACAUUUCCACAUAGUUGCUAUUUUUACCUCUUCGUUUGUUUAAUACUUUUAAUCUAUGCGAUUUUUAAAGUCUUGUAAUAAAUAAUUUUUCAAAUAAAUAAAAUAUUCUUUAUUGAUUCUAAAAUAAUUUAAUACUUUGAAUGAAUUAAACAAAUGUUAUGAAAUAAGAAUGAUAAAUGUAUCAUGCCCAAAAUUUUGUAUUGCACUUGGAGGAGCAUGUGUUUUUAAAGUGUUAAUAUGAAAAUGUCUGUUGUAAGUCUCCUGUGGUAGUUUAAUUUCUGUUUGAUUCGUAACUACACACUGUCAAUUUACGUUUGUCUGACUUUGUCUCCUCGAUUUAUAAAGAAGACGACAUCACAAGAUCCAAAUCACGGAGAGUAAACUAUAAUUUAUUAUUUUAUUACUUCAAAUAUUAAAUAACAACACAGAGUUUUCAAUUAUAUUUUUCAAGAAAAAUAUUUACAUGGAAGUAUUUGAAAUUUAAAUACAAAUACGUCCAAGACAGUAUAAUAUAUUUACUUAAAUAUUUUUUUUUAGUAUUUUUCUGAAAUACCAUAUCUAUUAGGCUUCAAUUUCAUAUUUUUAACUGAGCUAAUUGUCUAAUUUCGCAACCAAAGAAUACCACCACUACCAUAUAUAGAUCUUAAAUAAAUCCUUCUAAACUAGCACUAUUGGUAAUACCUAACGAAUAAUUAUCUAGCUAACUUUUAAUAAGGAUCGUUCUCUUGCCUUCGCCUGUAUAACCCUACUUAAUUAUAUUGGUUCUACAGAUUUAUCUAUCUGGCUAUUUCGAUUCAUCAAAUUUUUACUAUUCAACCAAACUAAAACAAAACAAAAAUUGUUCCUUCUUGGAACAUUGAGAUUUGAGUUGUCUGCGUUUGAAUUAACUACCAGUACCUACCUCAUAUUAUGUUUGUUUCAGAAAAGAAUUCUCAACACAUUUCCUACCUAUAAACGUGUCGAUCGAAUUUUUUGCAGUCAAUAUAAAUCAAUUAUAUGAAAUAAACCAUUUUUCAUUGUUUUACACAAACUCGAAUCCGUAUAAAAUAGCUAUUUUUUUUAUACACAUAAUUCGUGUGAGAUUUGAUUUAAACAAGAAUUUUCUAUUUUCAAAAACGGCUAUAACAAUAGUAAAAAUAAUUUCGAAUUAAAAAUCGUUAGAUUGAUACAAUACGAUGUUUUUUAUAACGUUUUUUUACUGUUUACGUCACGAUUGCGUAGGUGCUAAUUACUAUUCGCAGCUAUUAAUGACUGACACUUAAAUAUUUUAAGACUCGGGACAUUUUAAUAAAACUAUAUUCCCCUCCCCUAUUUUUUUUUUUUUGUAUCGUAUUGUAUACGAAUCGCACAAUGCUAACUUAAAAUAUAACUAUUAAAACGGUAGUAUAAUAAUAAUCCCAUUAAAAACUGUCAAUAACAACACCGCCGAAACCGUCGACCGCAAGAAACUAAACUAAACUAGGUUAAUAUUAUAUUUUUGAAACCAUCACGAAAUAACCCGCAGCAGUUGUGUACAAAUCCUUUGUAACACGCGAUGUACUUAGCUGCAAACACAUAUGAAGACUAAAUACUACAACAAUAAUAAUACAUGGAAUGAAUAAUAAUACCAUUUUUAUUAUUAUAUGAAAAUAUUAUAGGUACUAAAUAAUAUUAUUAUUAUAUUAUUUAGUCCAUUCGGUGUCGCAGCCCACAUAUAUCAACCAACUAGAUAUAUUAUUUUAUAAUAUACGGACAACUCUAUGAGUAAAUCUAAAGAUCGGAAACCAAUAGUAGCGGUACAUAAAAUACCAAGUAGUUCAACCCAUUGAUUAAUCCACGAAAUCGUUGUUUAUGCGCCAAUAAUUAUGUGUUAAACAAAAUAUGUGAUAAUACUGAUAGUAUGCAAAUUUAUUGAAAUCAAUCGUAAAAUUCUUCCAAUUUUAUUACCUUAUAAUCAUAAUCCAUAACGCAAACAAAUGUUUCAUGGGUUCGUCAAUACAAUUUGCGGUAACUACCUAUCGAGAAGCUCUUCAAUCAAUAAAAUAAUCAUACGAUUAUUUUGGCUAUCUAGUUGUUUUCUAUACUAUUGUCUAUUGCAGUAUUACCUAUGGUUGCUUUAGUUUUAUCGUAUUGCCUACGAUAACAUUACAUUUAUAUUUUGUUGUAUACAACAGUUUCGGUCUCUGCUCUUGAGAUAAGAUUAAUAACAGCAAAUUUUCUUUUGUGUGUACCUAUUCGUCUAUUUCCCCGAUGGUCAAGUUUCAGAUCCGUAUAUUACUGGUCCGUAAAAAAAUAAAAAAUAAAACAUUAAUAUAAUUUAGAUGAUUCGGGAAACGCUUAUUAUUUUUAUUUGAAAUACAUUAUUAUUAUUUAUAUACAUGGUAUAUAUAUAUAUUUUGUUAAAUUUUUUUUUUUUUACCGAAUGCGUGUUCGUUUAGGAAUUUAAUGACGACAACUCGAUUUUUUUUAUUACUGUUGUUAUUUUUUUAGUGCUUUUGUCAGUAGACAAUAUGUAAUAUUGUCUAAUUUUACACAAUAAUGUUAUAAGUAUAAAUGUACCGCUAUCGGACUGAAAUGCAUGAAUGUAUACUAUGUACGUGUUAGAUCUGCUAAAAAAUAUAUAUAUUUUUAAGUUAUCGCAAUAUUGUAUACUAUAUUAUAUUCUUGAAUAAAAUCAAAAAAUCUAUAAGAACAAUCGAAUUAUAUUAGUAUGCAAAAGUUCCUAUUAAGACGGAGCAAGAUUGCUGGUAGGAAAGUUGUUUAUAUAAAUAUGAAAAAAACUACAUAAAACAUAUCAUAGUAAAAUCAAUAUAUUCCUCGCUUCGCUCAGAAUCUAAAACUAUUAAGCAAUACAUUUUAUACGUGGAGUAACACAGUAUAUGAAUAAUAUUGUUUUUUUAAUUCUAAAUGUAAUAAAGAAGCUAUAUUAUAGGUUUAUUAAGACGUAACUUUUUUUUCAGAAAACACUUUCGGUAAAUAGAAUCUAGUGUUUAAAUGUUCACAGCAUCGUUAACAAAUGCAAAUGUUUAACCCGGCGAUAGUACUUUAUUUGAUCAAAUUUUUUAAAUCGUCAACGGUUUUCUUGAAGUAUUAAAAAAAACACCGGCAAUUAGAAUGUCGAUACAUCGGUUUUAUUUUUGUCGACUUAAAGCGAUUAAAACUAUAAUCAGUUUGCCGACUUCCAUCCGUAGUCGUUUUUAAAUUGAAAAUGUUUAUCGUUGUUUUUAGUAUCUUUAAAACUAAAUCACACUAUUAUAUCAUAUACCUUCUCAAAUUUCGAUCUAUAAACAAUAUAUAGAUAUAAGACUAUAGAGCCCUUAACAAAAAAAAAGUCGAUGCGCAAAAGGAAAAAAAAAUGAUUAAAUAACACAAUAUUCUAUGCUUGUACGUGAUGUGUAUAAUUUAAAAAUUUUAAAAUUGUAUAUAUUUAAUAUACCGCUAUGUUUACAUCAUUUGCAAUUAAAACAAAUCAGUUACCAUAUCUAUCGGUGUAUAUAUAGAAGUUUGAUGAACCCGAAAGCGUAUUUUUUUUAAAAAAAAUUAUUAUUAUUAUUAUUACAACUAAUUAAAACAAAUACUGCAGACAUUACAAGCUCGGUCGCACCCGCAAAAGUGUGCGUUCGUAUAAUAAUCGUGCGCACCGCGAAAAGUGUACCUAACCGAUAAUUUUCAUCGUAAAAAAAAAAAAACCCCGAUUUGUUCACCCGAAUCUACUGAGGGUGCACACGUUGUCGAUGAGAUCACACUUGCGGAAAGCAAAUCUAAUUUUCGGUGUUUGUGUUAGGUAUGUUUUUUAUUUUUCAAUGACGCGACCGCGUCAACUGUUUUUCUUUAUUUUUCCGUACACUUAAACGUCGCGUUUACAAUGACUUAAACAUUUUAUCCGUGUCCAAUUAUUACAAUAUACGAUCUUAUAGCCAGUAUAGGUAUUUACUUACCGUGUGACAAAUAAAAACGCUAACUCGUCAUGGACAGUCGUCACAGUAACUAUACCCGAGUACGACAUUUGCGAUUUGACGAUAAUAAUAUAAGAACAAUAUACGGUACAUGGUAUAAUAUAUAUAUAUAUAUAUAUGAAUACAAGUAUAGGUUAUGUUACGGGCAAUUUGAACAGCGAAUAAAACCAAUUAAAUAAUUAACCUUUUAGAUUCUGUGUGUAGCGAAGAAUGUAUUGAUUUUACUAAGAUGUGUAUUAUUUUUUUAUUUUUAUUUGUUUAUCCUGUAUACGAAAAUUUUACCAGAAAUCUUGCUCAGAUAUAUACGAGCGACACAAUUUCUAAAAGGAAAUUUUGUCCAAAUGGUACAUUAAGGAGGUCAUUUUUUGAUUUUGAUUUUAAAAUAUUUGGGAAAAACCAAGACAAAACGUAAGAAAAACGGGAAAUUCACGAAAAUAAUGCUUUUAUUAUUUUUCAAUUUAAUUAUUUGUUGUAAUUCAGUUUGAAAUGUUCGAGGAGAUUUAAAAUUUAGAUAGAAAACUUAUAUUUGCCUUUUCUAGACGAGGUAAAAUUUUCAAAAAAUAUAAACUAUUUUUGGACUAUUUAUAGACAUUUUAAUUUGUCGAGUUUUAAACGUAAUUUUUAUUCGGUAGGUAUUGUGUGGUAAAAUUGUUAGACUUUACAGCAAUACGUGAAAAUUUAACGAGAGUAAAAAGUCUUACUUUGUGGUAAACAAAAAUUGAGCUUAAUGUAGUAUUUUUUUUAUAAAAGAAUUUGAAUAAUAAAUUUUGACAAAAAUUGUUUGAGUAAAAACUAUGUGAAACAAAUCUAAUUUUUCAAUUUUUUACUUUGAACAAAUGUAUAUUGCCGAUUUAAGAACAAUAAGGUCAGAAUUAAGUGGAUUGACUAAGUUUCGAAAUUAUAAUUUUUUUAAGUUCUGAUAUUAUACGGAUGUUAUGUUAAAUAACUCUAUAUUGUUUUUCUUAUAACAUGUUUGUCAUGAUCUAAUGGUUAUACAUGCCUUCUAUUAUUUUAGGAAAAUACAAAUGCAUUUUUAGUGUACCUAGACUCUAGAGACCCAAGCCAUCGCUCGCUCAGACUAUUUAAUCGCAAAAUACCCCUAUUGUGCAAUUGUGAUUUAUUGUGCAAACUGAUGUACAAAAUGUAGGUAUCAGUGAAAAAAUUGUAUGACCUUUUUUUUUCCUACCAGCAAAUUCACUCCGAUUUAAAAUGAUAGCACUUUUUCAGAAAGGAAAUCGGACUGGAAAGGUACUUUAAGGAGGUCAUUUUUCGAUUUUUCCAAAAAAACUAGAAAAACCUGAGAAAACCCAGUAAAACGCAGGAAAGACGGUAAAAUCAGUUCAAUAUUAUAAUAUUGUCGCAGCGAUUUUCGCUCGUUUAGUUGGCGUAUACAACGUAAUAAGAUAAUCAACAUUGUUAAUAUUCAAUGAACAGAAAGAGUAUAUUAUUAGAAAAUCUACAGGAAAUACUGAGCAGAAUAAAGGAAAAACGAACAUUUUGGUAUUAUAGUAUUUACUUAAGUCGGAGGACAAAGUAUCAGUCAUUACUGCAUUAGGAUCGUGUGAUGAAAAGAGGAAAGGGAUUUAGAAGACCGUAUUUGCAAAGGCAGAACAAGAAUGGAGUAGCCAUAAAACAAAUUAUGUUAAACAUGGAUAAGGACAAUAGUUACAAGGAUUUUAAAGAGAUCGAGUCACGAAAAGGAAGGACGAUGAACAUCUUUGAAGAAGAAGUAAACUGAUUUAAUGUUUUAUCAUUUCGAUAGAAUGCUUUUACAACGAUUUGGUAUUUUUCGUACCAACCUAUAUUAUCGCUUAUCACUCGAUAGUUUUAAUUUUUAAAUAUCACUCUUUCUGGCAGUAGAUAUUAUGCAAUCGAGUAUCACGACGAACAAGGAUUUGGGGUUAUUACGAAAAUAGUUUGGAUAAUGUUUUUUUUUUGUCUACAAUGCGAAGAAGUUACCUACAAUAAUUGAUAAAAUAUAAAAUUCCGUUUGUAUAUUAAAAUAUUUCUAUCGUUAGAUUCGUUUCGUCUCGUCGAAUUUCGGGUCAAAAGCACCGAAAGUAUUACGGCCGACGGCCAACCCAGUUCUCGGUAGACGUAUACAGGAAAUGAAUAAUUUUCUCGUCGGGGCGUCUUCGUUGUCGUCGUUUGGCUGCUCAAGAUGCAUAACAUUUUUCAUCGCGUGUACGCCAAUUUGAUCUUUGCUAUCUUGAUGUGUUAUUAUGGGACAUCUUCUCUUCUUUUCAUUAUUCGAGCGACAGUACAGAAAUAAUUAAACGCCAUUUUAUCGUCCACAGACCGUAUUCGGUCUAAAAAUAAUUUUUUGGACAGAAAUUCAUAAAUAUAAUAAUAUAAUAUAAUGUUUUACUUUCUCCGAUUCAAGUAUACCUCUAUGCAAGAGAAAAUAACGUCAUCUGUGCGCGGUUAAAUUAUUAUUUUAAUUUGAUCGACAAUAUUAUAUUUUAUCUUAUUAUCAUACAUGCUAAUUAUGCAUACAUAAUUCAAUUUUUUUUCCAUUUUUAUUAAAAUAUAUCAUCAAUUUAUAUGUUCUUUUUUUACAACAUAGACAAUGACGGAGUAGUAUAGAUAAAUAAACGAAAAAGACAAUUUAAUAAUUUUGUAUUAUCAAUAAUAUAAUAAUAAUGUGGGUUUUUCUUUUUUUUUCUAGGUCGAACGGCUUUUGAAAAACUCACCGAAUUAGACUACAAAGGAACAACAUAUUAUACGGUCAAAAACUUGACGCUAUACGAAUGCCAGGGAUGGUGUCGUGAAGAACCAGAGUGCCAAGCUGCUUCGUUUAGGUAUAUAAUAUAAAACAAAAAAACACGUUUACGAAUCUAAAUAUUAAAUAAAACGAACAAAUUUCCUUUUUAAAAGACAUUCAAAUAUUUUUAACCACUCUAUCAUAAUCAUCGGAUUUCAUUUCGCGUAUGCUUGACAAUUUGUUUUUUUUUAAAUCAAUGGUGUCUAUACUUAUAUAAUCAUUUUCACCAUUAUUUUAUAAGAGAAUGUUUUAUUAUUUCAGUUUCGUUUUGAAUCCGUUGACGCCAAUACAAGAAACCGUGUGCCAAUUACAGAACGAGACGACCGCUAACAAUCCAGCGGCAGCCCCACAGCGGUCCGUCAACUUGUACUAUAUGGUGAAAAUGCAAAUACGAUCAGGUAAGUGUUAGAAAACAAUCGUCCAAGUUAGCAAACGACAAACGGGGAAUUAAAUAUCAUCUCAUUGCAACAAUGUUUUCACCGUAUCAUCGUGAUCGUAUGAUUUAAAAUGAUUUCCUUAGGUCUCCGCGACCACUCUGUCGUCAAUAUAAUACAAAAAAAUCAUACAAAUCCCAUUCAAAGUAUAUUGUACCUAUUUAGCCUUUACGGUCAUCAAUUAAUGAUACAUACAUACCCAUAGGUCUUAUAAUACGCGUACCUACUUAUAACUUACAUACUCGUAUAAUGCAGAUACCAUUAUACGGUAGAAGAAUAAUUUAACGUUGGUAAUGAUAAACGACGACUAAUCAGUCGGUAUUUAUGCGAAAUAAUCACAGAAUAUAGUCUUAUAUAGUGUAAUAAUAUCUAUAGGAUCUGUUAUUUUAUGUUAAAACCGGCUGUGGCCGAAAAGAUACCAUUCUAGGAGUAUGCUAUCGUAUAUAUCGUAUGUAAUAUCGUGUUUUCCGUUAGUUUUUAUAAUUUGUGAUCGGAUUUAGCGUACCGGAACGUUAUAAUAAUGAAAAUGUAAAAAAAAACAACCGCUAAAUAUGGUCUUCGUAGUGUUCGCACAAGGUUAGUGAACAGCUAGUAGAUAACGGCUAAAAAGUAUUAAAUAUUUUCAUUCGUUUCGUAUAUUCAAUUCUUUUUACGUGCCUAUAAGAGAUAUGCAUUUUUAGAGCGAACGAUAGUAUACAAUUUGUUUUUAUUCGUGUUUUAAAACCGUAUACUCGUUUUGUUUUUAUAGACAAUGUGUGCUUGAGACCUUGGUCGUUCGAAAGGGUACCGAACAAAAUGAUCCGGGGAUUGGACAACGCUUUGAUCUAUACGUCGACGAAAGAAGCGUGUCUGGCCGCCUGUCUGAACGAAGUGAGUAAUAGUUAUAAUAGUAAUACAGCAUUUAAAUAAAUCCAGUUUUUGAAAUGAUUACAUUUUUCCAAACUUAACGAUCGAUUUUUGCGCUUUUAGCAUCGUUUCACGUGCCGUUCCGUCGAAUACAAUUACGUGACGCUUCAAUGUCAUUUAAGCGACUCGGACCGGAGAACGACGGGCCAGUACGUGCAGUUUGUCGAAGCCCAGGGCGUCGAUUAUUUUGAAAAUCUCUGUAUUAAAGGUAAACGAUAAUAUACACCAGUUCUAUAUUAUAGUAUAGGAUCCGACUAAUAUAGGUAUACCUACAAGAAAAAUGAUCGCGACGAUGAUAACAUUAUCAUUAUAAUACUAUAAAACGCGUUAUUGUUUUCCACAGGCAAUCAAGCUUGCAAAGGAAAUCGCGUGUUCCAAGUGCCCAGGAUCGGAGUGGCCGACGACAAAGUGGCGCAAUACGCCUCGUUGCACUACUACAACGAUAAGGAAUUACAAGUAAUAACCGCUAUAUGGUAUAGUACAUAAUAUUAUGGUUAUAGUGGUUACUGAUGGCGAGUUCCGGGAGCGGGCGGGGGAAAGGACUCGUGUGUAUAAGUGGACUUUCAGAUAUAGGUAGUACCACAAUUAUUAUUACACGUCGGCUCUAUAUUUAUACGCAUGCUUGUUUUGUAAUAAUAUUAUGCACGUGCGGUCGGCGAACUACAUCGUACCUAUUACUCGUGUGUAUUAUGCCGAACGCGAUAAAAAACGAAAUAAAGGUCAAUCGAAUACGUUAUUAUUAUUAUUAUGCUUUGUACGCCGCCAGACGUUUUUCGCAGUACCUACCCGGUGCUAGAUAUCAAACAUUAUCAUAUAUUAUACGGUUCGAACAAGUUACCUACGAUUUAUAUAGGUAUAAUCGGACAAAAAAAUAAUAAUAAUAAUAUUAUGUUGACGGGUAUCAAUACCCGCAGCGGUUUUAUGAACUCAAAUAUCCGAUAUUAUGUUUUUAAUAUCGUAAGCUAAAAGGGUGACAACGCGUACGCUUUUGAACAUUAAUACAAAAUAUCCAGAAAUGUACAGAUAUACAAAAUAGUUUGUACGCAAUCCACAGCCGAAUCGAUCUCACAGAGGUGAACAUUUAUACGUACAGAAGCGGAUGAAUAGUUUCAAGUGCAUCUUGAAUUCAGAUUUCCGAAAUUAAACUCCUAAAACGUGGCUCACAUAGAAACAGAUUUUUGAACUUAUGGUACAAAAAUCAAUUUUUCGAUUUCGGUUUUUAAAAGAAUUUUAUUCAAAAUUCUACUUUUAAAUUGUCAAAAAAAAGGGAAGAAAAUUGGUAAAGGCAAAGUAGGCUAAAAGUUAAAUAAUAUUAAUUUAUAAUAACAAUAAAAAAUAAUAAAAAAUUAGAGGUUUUAGAUUCUAAGUGUGUAGCAAAGAAGUUAUUAUAACUUCAAAUUUUUGUCUAAAAUUUGAUUUUCUUCGGAAAACACUUUUUUAGUUAUUCAAAAUGCUCCGAAUUGUCAUAUCAAUUAUCAUAUACAAUCUUAAAAGAUACCGAUAUUUCAAAUACUUUUUCCGAAAAAUUAUUUUUUAUUUUUUAGAUAACAUUCUUUGAUAAGUAAAAUGCUUCCAAUUUUUUCAUACAGUAUCUUGAAAGUUAUGAAAUUUCCAUCUGUUUGCAAUGGUACUUUAUUUGAACAAAUUUUCUAUUUUUACGAAUUUUUUCUAAAAAACUAAAAAACUGAUAAUAAUUAAUGGCGAUACGUCGGUUUUAUUUUCGUUGAUUUAUGAGUUACUUUGGCUAUAAGGGGAAAAAACGAUUUUACCAGUUCACAGAGCUCCGCUCGCAAUAAUUUUUUUUUUUUGUUAUUAUUACAAUUAUUAAUCGUUGCUUUUAGUACAUAAACUAAAUUAUCCAACACCUUAGCUAUGUCUUCAUAACUUUCCACCCGCAAAAGUGGCCGAAUAGUAUGAAUUACGAAGUUUGUCGGGCAUUCUAAAUAUUGAGUUUUUGAACACACUUCAUGGUUGGUAUAUUGUAAAAUACAGAAUAUAUUUUGUUGAAAUAAUGUCAUAUUAUAUGGUUAUAAAACGGUUUUCAUAAAAUGUGUGUGUUAGUUGACCCGGGAUUUUCAUGCCCUUUUUUGAAAAAAGUUAUACAAUGGGGAACAACUCACCCUCCCCAGCCUCUAUUACUCUACGUUUAUUUAUAAAGCGAUAAACACAGCUACACGAGUGAUAAGUAUCUUGUGAAGUUCACAUAAUUGCUACCUACUUAUUACAUACACAUAAAUGACUGAAUAAAAUUGAAUAUAAAAGCGUGGAGGACACUGAAAAGUGACCACCGCAGUGACGAUCGUAGUGCCACGUCUGGUGUGUAAAUUGUAAUAAUUAUCCUACGGGUGAAUUUUAAUAGGACGGGUGUCCGUCUUUAUAACGUUUGCCGCGCGUUCGGAAAAAACGAUUGGAAAACGAACCUAACCCCUUACGCUCACCUAAUCACGAACCGUGUUGCAGGUGACCAGCGAGUCGGCGUGUCGGCUGGCCUGCGAAAUUGAGAACGAGUUUCUUUGCCGUUCGUUCAUCUACAAGGGACCGCCCGUGGGCACUGCGUACAAUUGCGAGCUGUUCCAUCUGGACCACAAGACACUGCCGGACGGACCCAGCACGUAUCUGAACGCCGAACGGCCACUGAUCGACGACGGACAGAAAAUCGGAAAUUACUACGAAAACUAUUGCGAGAGUGAGUAAUCUCCCGCUUCACCACCCCCCUAUCGAGACUUGUAAAAUAUGAUUAUUUUUGAAAGUAUUUUGAAUACAAAUAUAGAUGGCGUUUUAAAAUUUACCAAAUUAGAAUGCGUAAUUUUAAAUAUUUCAUUGAAACAACAUUUGAGUACGAAUACAGAUACGCGUUUUAAAAGUGUUUAUAAAUAUUAAAUACUUUUCAUUUUUUUUUCUUACCUACAUAUUAUUACCCAAAAGGUCAUAAAUGUUCAAUAUAUUUCAUUUCUUUUUUUGUUGUUGUUUUUGUAUGAUACCGGUUAGAAUAUUGAAUAUAUUUAACUUUUAUUGUGGUGUAACGCGACGCGUUCUAGAAAAUUUAAAAAAAAGUAUUUAAAAUAAAUAUUCAGUUUCCAGUACACAUUUAAUAUAAUAUAAUAUAUAUUUAAUGCAUAUCACAGGUAAUUUUCGCAGAAAUAUUUACAUACUAUGCUAAAUCGAAUACUGAAAUAGUAUUCGAAUAUUUUAUAUGUUUUUUUUUUUAAAUACGCUUUUACUCGAAUACUUUACAAGUCUGUCCCUGACCUUUUUUCGGAAAUACCUACGGUAGAUAGUAAUCCGCGGUCACGCCGAUGACCCGCUUAACGCGCGUGUCGCCUAACCUGAUCCCCCGCGUCACGUAUCUGUCUGCAGAAUCCACGACGCCGCCCCACGAACAGCUGCCAGUCGUGUUCGAGAGCACCGACGACCCGUCACUGAACUUGACCAGAACCGAUUUGAACUGUGACAAAACCGGAACGUGUUACGACGGUCAGUAUAAUAUAUUAUAGUAUACAAUUCUAUUAUUAUAGGUACCUACGAAUAAGUAUAAACUUCACCGGAUAGAAUUAACCGGAAAUCGGAGUCUAUGAGUCUAUGACUAAAUAACUUCGCCACUGAUUUUUUUAUCGGUCAUUACAAAUCGUAGGUAAAAUUUAUAUUUUCUAAAGAUUUUCUAAAAUUAUUUGAUUGAAGAUUUGUGGAUUAUAAGCAUGGUCUUAGAAGAUAUGAUCAGGACACUGGACUAUCAAACGCGAUCGCUCGGUUUUAGUAUCUAUUUUAUCCGCUAUUUCAAUAAUAGCGCAUGACUUUGUGCGUUUUGGGGGUUACUUUGAAAAAUUAAUUAUAUAAAUAUUUAUUUACGAACGUAAUUAUGUUGUUAAAAAUCAUUGAGUUUAACAAAAAAAAACUUAAAUUUUUGAUAAUUUUAGAGACGCCCUCUGGAAAAAUUGACUAAAGCUUCCCUCCAAAAUUAAUACAAAGGAUGCAGCCAGUGUCUCAAACUUAUCCUCUAAGACCGUGGUUUUUACAAUGAUAUGUAUUUUACGUGAUGUCAAAUACUAUGCUACAGAAAACCAAAAGCUAUGCCUAUAUUAUGUAAAAACGCAGCAAAUAAUUAUUUUUAUCAUAAAAUAAUAAUUAAAAACGCUGUAUCUUCAUCAUCAAUAUAUACGGCAUGUUUGCUCAACGUGGUUAUUUUAUACGUCUUACAUUCACCUAGAGUAUCAUCGAAUUUGUCGACCAUUUUACGGCGAUUCGCGUUUAACUAACCAAAUAUAUUGCUAAUAGUCGUUUUGGUGGCCAAUAAUCGUUCAGAAUUUUAGAUAAACGAUGUAUUGACUCAGAAAAUCUGAACUUUACUACGGUUUGUCGAAUUUUCCGCGAAAAUGAAUACUAAUUACAUUGUAGGUAUUGUGUCAGUUUUAUUAAAAUGUAUUUUUUUUUUCCCGCUACUUUUGGACGUUUUUAGCGGCUUGCUCUAGACCAAAUGAGCUCAAACUCAAAGAUUAGAGUUAUUUUAUAAGCUGGUUGAAGUUUUUUAAACGGAUUGAAUUUCGAUAUGAAUUGAACCAUGUUGUUGCGGGAGAAGGGUAUUUUUUUAACUUUGUACACUCUUACAGGGUGAAAUUUUCUGUAUGCAUGGUGUCAGUAACAAAGAUACUGCUUUUUGGGGUUUCAACUUUCAACUCCUACACUAACCAUUUUUGUGACCAAAUUUCAUAAUUUUUCUAUUAUAAUAUAAUACUUGUACCAAUAGUUUUGUAAAAUAUGUAUUUAUUUAUUUUACUUUUAAACAGGCCAGGCCCAAUUACAUAAAAUUUAAUAACAAUCGUUCGUUAACAAUAAUGUACACAAAAAAAAAAAGUAAACAAUAAAAUACAAUGUACAAUUAAUAUAAUACUAAUAACUAUGUAUUAUAACAUUUAUGAAAUUACAAAAGUAUUAUUAUUAUUAUUAUUAUUAUUAUUAUUAUUAUUAUAGUAUUCGGUUAUUUAUUGUUGCGCAAAGUUCUAUAAUAAAAAAUAGAUGGGAGAAAAUUCGUCUCUAAUUUUGCUGCUUACAGGUAUUUUAUUUUAUUUAUUUCACUUAUUUUUCAAUUUUUUGGUGGACCUACAGCAUUUUCGGUCAUCCUACGGACAUUCGUAGUGUAGUAGCAGUAUUUUAAGCGAGGAUUUAAGCCCCUCUCUUCAAUAAUGUUGAUUAGAGUGAUCGACACGCACGAUACUAUUAAAUCAUACGUACAUCGUAAAUAUAUAUAGCGAUAAAAAUCACGAUUUCAAACCAUUUCGAUAAUAAUACCGUCGAUUGAUCGAUCGAAGACGAUAUUAUACUUUCGAAAUUAAUUUAUGGUCAUGAUUCAAUGUAGGUAUCCUUUCCGAGUUAUUUUUCGUACGUCGUCGGCCAAAUUAUUGCAAUUUGAUUUAUUACGUUUAAUUAUUUCAAUCGUGAGAUUAUUAUUAUUAUUAUUAUUAUUAUUGCAGUUCUGCUAGUUAAUUUGUUUCCCUUUCGAUCCAUCACCCUCCACUUUAUAAUAAUAUAUAAUAAUAAGUAUUACGUUUCAACACAAAUUUUAUAAUAUUUACUGCACGGUACAUAACUCCACGGAAUUCCAUUUCCGUCAGACGCGACGUAGAAUUUGUAUGCGAUUAAUCUCCGUACAUCCAAUUAUUAUACUAUGUAUAAACUAUACCUAUUUGAUGUUCUCACGAUCAUUAAUUUACUCUUAUACAAUAUUAAUUUUUAGAUUCUUUACAUUUUAGGAAUAUCCGAAUAUAUUGGUUCUAUCUUUUAUUAUGAUGUGUGUUUUUUUACUGUGUCUAUAAACCACUUUUCUGCCGGAAAUCUUGUUUCAGUCAAAAACUUUAUAGGUACUCUAGUAGCAUUUAUUAGUUAUAGUUGGCACAUUGAGGAAGUAAAUUUUCGAUUUUCCUUGUAAUAUACUUCAUAAAUGGGAAAAACUGGCAAUUUGUUGUAGAAUUUUUGUUGAUUUCUGGGUUAAGUGCUUAACAAGCGAAAAAUACGACUAAUAAUACUCGGCUCAGGAUCGCUGUUCAUUAACGAUGGUUAUCGUUGCGUACAGAUAUAAAUUAAAUCACUCUAUACAUACUCGAAUAUCCUUCUUACCGGCUUUCCUCCUGAAACGGAGGCACAUCCAUCGGCAGCAUUAGCCUUGUGUAAUUACAUAAUUACAUAUUACGAUGUUAACGAAAAAUCGUUAAAAAAAAAAAAUCGUAUUUUCAAUAAAACGUUUCGCUUCUUUUUUUUAUUUCCAGUGUCCGUUCAUUGUAAGGACACCAAAAUAGCCGUGCAAGUACACACAAACAAACCAUUCAACGGUAGGAUAUACGCGCUCGGCAGAUCGGAGACGUGCAACAUAGACGUGCUGAACAGCGACCAAUUCCGAUUGGAUCUGACAAUGGCCGGACAAGACUGCAAUACUCAGUCAGUGGUAAGUACAGUGACGACGAUGUUUUUGUAAUUCGACAAAUCCAAUGGCAGUGUACCGUAAUAAAACAGUUUUAAUGACGACGACGGACGAGUGAUUAAUCCGUUACCGCGUAUUGUCUGUAUAGAGGAAGUUGUGGAUUUUCAAAAUCUACACUACUGCAGUACUUAUAUACGUGUACAACGGGAAAAAGGGAGGACAAAACUUAUUGAGGGGGAGUAGUGGGGAGAUGGAAUGAAUCGCGGUUUAUCGAACUCUCUACUCAUUAAAACAGCGUGGUUUUUUUUUCAUAUACCUACACUAAUAAUAAUAUACAAAUUACGUUUUUCUUUUUAAUGUUAUUUGAUGCGUAGACCGGCGUGUUUUCCAAUACGGUCGUUCUCCAACACCACAGCGUGGUCAUGACGAAAGCGGACAAAAUAUACAAAGUCAAGUGCACGUACGACAUGUCAUCGAAGAACAUUACGUUUGGGAUGAUGCCCAUCAGGUGAGAGUUCGACCGAUAAUAAUAAUAAUAUAAUAAUUAUUACUGUGAUUGGCCUUACAAGUUAGGUAUCUGUUUUAAUUUUUGUCAAAUUUUCCCCAAAAAUAUAUAUCUUCUCCAUUUUUUAUUUUGGCACUUAGUUUUUUACUUUUAACCCUCUUACCAACCGUUUUAUGCUGCUAUGUUUUCACGAGAAAUAUCGGAUUUUAAAAUUUUAUCUGGAUGGUACUCAGAACGUCAUUUUUUGAUUUUCCAAGCGGUUUUCAUAGUAAUUGGAAACGACUGGUAAAAAACUUAGGGAAAACGGGAAAAUUUACGAAAUGUAUUACAUUACGGCCUAUUAAAAUUCUACUAUUCCACUAUUCCACUCAGAAUCGUUUUUCGUUAUUAAUUUUAAUCGUUACAUACAAGUAUACAUUAAAUUCCCCUCUAUAUCCUACCUUCCCAAUUUUUCACCUGCAACAGUGGUCCAUCCAUCGUGCGAAAUAUGUCCGUGUUUUGUUAAUAUUGACAUUUUUUGUAAUUUCAACAGGGAUCCGGAGAUGAUAAGCAUUACUUCGGCUCCAGAAGCACCGCCACCGAGGAUCCGUAUCCUGGAUUCCAGAGCUAGAGAAGUGGAAACAGUGCGAAUUGGCGACAAGUUGACAUUCAGGAUCGAGAUUCCCGAAGACAGUGAGUGAAACCAAAUACUUAAUCGCAGUACUUUACUGACAGUGUAUUCGUAGCCUGUUUUUUAAUUGCGAAAAUAGUUUUAUUAUUUUUGAUUCCACGGGCGUCGUCGGAAACAUAAUAAAUUAUAAUAUACUCACAUCAUAUUUUCCGCGGUUACAUUUUUUUUUCGUUUGUGUGUUAUCUAUAUUCAGCCCCGUACGGCAUAUUCGCGAGAAGUUGCGUGGCCAUGGCCAAGGACUCGAAGAGCACGUUCCAGAUCAUCGACGACGAAGGGUGUCCGGUUGACCCGACAAUCUUCCCAGGGUUUUCGCCCGAGGGCAACGCGCUCCAAUCCAUUUACGAAGCGUUCCGGUUCACUGAGUCGUACGGCGUGAUAUUCCAGUGCAACGUUAAAUACUGUCUUGGCCCGUGCGAACCGGUAAUGAUAUUACUCGUAUACCUAGGGGUAUGGGAGAGGAUGUGUUUAUGUAUGUAUACCAUUUCAUUCGUAAACAAAUGUUGUCCACGCUGAACCGUAAGAAAACGUGUUUUUAACAAGAGAAGCACUAUAAUAUUUCAUGGCUAAUAUAAAUACAAAUUAAGACAUUAAUGAAAAUUACAUAAAUUUGAUUAAUGCCUUUGCUCGAAAUUCUUCGAUGCAGCUGCCAGAAGGGUGUAAUAAGUAUAGUUACAAGACGUUAUAUAUAUAUAUAUAUAUAUAUAUUAUAUUCUCAUUUCUUUCAUUAAUUUUUGUUUUGAAUGUUGCAUUGAUUUAAACACUUUUCUACGUUGUUUUUUCUGGAGGGGGUUUGAAUUCCCCAAACACCACUUAACUUACCUAUUAUAUAUGCCCAUUGAUUCGAGCAAAACCGUAUUUAGUCCCCCUCUCCUGAUUCAAAAUCCUGGCUACGCCACAGCCUACUCGCCGGUUAUGCCGCUAUAAUGAUUUCUAUUUUAAACACAUCACUGCAGGCCGUGUGUGAAUGGGGAAGAGAUUCCAUCGAGUCUUGGGGACGGCGCAGGAGGUCGGUGCCGAAUGCACCCAGCAGCAGUAACAACGACACGUCUGAAAAUAACGAGGACAUGACGCAAAUCAGUCAAGAGAUAUUAGUGUUGGACUUCGGCGACGAAAAACAAUCACAGUUCCUGAAAAGUAACGAGCCACAGUUCACGGACUUCAACAAAGGUACUGAUAACGGAUAUUCUUAAUUCCCCUAGACCUUUGUGUCGAUUAUUAUUUAUUUAGGUUUUUUUUUUUUUACUAUCAGCUAUAAAGAAUAAACUCUACGCAUCUGUGUAUUUAUAAUAAGCAUGUGCACAAUAUUUAUUAUAAAAUUAUUCAUAUUUAUAAUCCGAUCCGGGUCAAAUUCGUUUUAAAAUCCGUAGACACAAAUUUGCCCAUUUUAUAGGAUAUUUGAUAGCAAUUGUUCGGGUUUAUUUUCUUAAUAAUAUUGUAGCAUGAUGACCGAAUUCGAAACAUAUGUAUUAUUAUCUUUAUUAUGAGUAAUUCGGCUGAUUUGAAAACGUUUUCUUUUAUUCAAAUUUGGAGAUGCUAAAAAAUAAAAAAAUAAAAAUUUUAAAUGCAUAAGUUUUAUUGCAUUUUAAUGCAUUAAUUGAAUUCCGAACCUCGAUUCGAUGAGCAUCCGAAGGUUGUAUCGAAAAUCUUCUUCCCUAAUUGUGGGUCUCUAUAAGGAUCGUUCUAUGUCACAUCCGAUCCUCGCGACUUAUUCUACAUCCCUUUUUUUGUUUUCAUUAAAUUUCCCUGGCUUUUCACGAUUCAUUCUAACUCCUAUUAUACACAAACAUGGCACACACGUCCGUUGUAAUCUUUUCCUCCUGAUUACGUCUUUAAAAUUCAUAAUUUUCUAUUCAGACAUAUUAAGAUACGAGUCCGUUUCCCGUUAAAUUUCUUUAUGGGUAUGCGUAUAUUUUGUCCUAACCUAUUAGGAUUGCUAUUACUGACGUCGCCGUCGCCCGCAAUUGCAAUAACGCGAAAAUAAUGACACUAUUAGGUGUAUAUUAUUAUACACGAACAACAAUACAUCAUCAUUUUGAUUUGUGAUUCUAGUUUUGCAUAUAUUUUUUUUUUACAAGCGACGGUUUUCUCACCGCAUAAUAAUAAUAAUAACACAUCAAUACGUAAAUAUUAUAGAGAAAUACGUAAGUAAUGUGCCAGCCAACCAGCCAGCCACCUGUCGCGUCGCACUUACGUCCGUAUUCUUUUUGUCGUACCGUUUAUAGAAUAAUAAUAUAAAAGGCACAAACGUUUUCCGAAUAAUAUAAACAGAUAAUAAUAGUCUCGCGGAGAGUUCAAUUCUACGUUCGAUUUUACCGUUUUAAAUAAUAUUUAUGUUUUGGCGUCUCGUAAUUUCCAGAAUGCAACAAAUGUAUCUGGUCGAUUUUUUUUUUUUUUACAUGUCCGCGGAAUAGCGCGGCGCACAAUAUUAUGCGUACCUACUGAUACUUAAUAAGGGGCCUAUUAAGGGGUCUUUAUUAUAAAGAUCACCUGUUUUUUGAUCAAAAAACACGCUUUACGGAAAAUAACUCACGUGCCUCCCCAACCGUAUAGAGUGAACCGAUUUCAAUCGUGUAUUUUUUGUUAGUAAGAAAAAGACACCUUGCCGAACGCGUUGGACCUAUAUUUCGAAAAUUACACUCCUAGAUGUCAUGGCGAGUAUUCGAAUACGACCGAUUUUCACAAUUUUUUUUCCACGUGUUUUUUGUUGAUCAUAAGACAUCAAAUGGUGAGUCGUCCCAGAAAAAAGUUUUCCGCUUUCCAACAAUAAACAAAACAAUCGAAAUCGGAUCGCUGCAACCGCCAAUACAAUCCCUCGCUACACUUCGAACAUAAAAUAUACGGAAAAAUUUGUUUGCAUUUUAAAUGUUAACAAGGUGUUUGUAAAAAUUUACGGGCAGGUUUAUUAAGGGAAUUAAAGCGCGGUGGUUUUCCAAAUUCUUCAAUUUUGUAGAAAAAAAAAAAAAAUGUUUUUAAUUUUUAUUAAUUUACUGUCUGAUACGUAUUUUAGGGAAAAUGUUCAAAAAUGUAAUCAAAUUUUUUGACAAUUUCUAGUGGAAUAAUUAUUAAAUUUCGGCUGUUUACAACACGUCCGAAUAAAAAACCUAAAUAAUCAUAAUCCGUUAUUUCAAAAUAAAUAGCCUCGACCAGAAAUCCUAUACAUUUUUGUCUAAAUCGACUAAAAUAAACAUCACGUCAUCGCCAAUCCUCUGAAUAUUUUUACUAUCCUUUGUUUCGGACGUCAUCGCGCGCGCGAUACAAAUCAGUUUAGAAAUCUUUGAUUUUUGAUUUUUUUUUUUUUUUUUGUUUUUCGUUUUCUCAGACAAGACGAUCACUAUCGUGGAACCGUGUCCGACGAAAACGUCCGUACUCGCGCUGGGCAUCACUUGCAUGCUGCUCAUAUUGAUAUACGUGAGCACGGUUUUCUGUUAUUACAUGAAGAAAUGGAUGACUCCGAGAAAAAUGAUGGCGUAGAGAAACAACGACCGCGGGACGACGCGCGAAAAUAUCACGUUGCCCACAUACUAUUACAUUAAUUUUACUGCAGUUGUAUUCAAACCCCAUCCCCACCCCCCUAUCCAAGCCCAAUACAUAAGGUAUAUGCACAAUAUACACACAUACAAGCCAUGGUUAUAAUGUUGAAAAUGUUCACGUGCGAAUUAGGAGAAAACAAAAAAAAGGCGAUAAAAACAAUAUAACAGUCAGGCACGCACUACAUAAUAUUAGCGCGGAUUUACUCUCCGACAGUCAUGCCACCCCGCACCGUCACAAACGCGUAACGCGUAUUGCCCGAUCGGUUUUUUUUUUCUUUCUCAUACCGUACCGUUCAUAUUUUCGAUACGGCACGGACAAUAUUUAAAAUUAUUAUAGCGAUUAUACGCCCGUCGUGUUUUUCGUUUUAACAAUCGUCGCGCCUUUAUUAUGCACGAAAAUCGCGAAAAUAUUUUUCGAUAAUCUAUAAAACGCGCGCGAAUACUUUGCAUUCAACAUUUUCACCGCAUUUUGUAUAUAAUAUAUAUAUAGGUAUUGUAUUAUUAAAAAAAAACAUAUAAACACAAAAGACAAAAAAAAAAAAAAACAACAAAAAAAUUAGGCUUAUAACAUAAUUAUUAUAGUUACGUAGCUUAAGCUAAGUAUAGGCAAGUAGGUAUAUACAGUAUGAUGCUUUCGUGCCCGUCGUUUUUCGCACGUUUCCCCACACUCACGCGCAUUAUUAACAUUUGUUACAACCGCGAUUUUCAAUAAAAAUUAAAAAAUAAUGUAUUUUUCCUAUACGAACAAUCACCGUCGCCGUCUUGCGGCGUACAUGCGUACACGUAUAUACGUACCUAUGCGUACGUAAUACCUGAACGUCCUAUAAUACUGUAUAUAAGUGCAUGUGCAUGAUAUCGACGAUGCACGCACUAUACGAAAAUAAUAUAGACGUGCGUGGAAAGUGCGUACUCGUCAUGAAGAUGAGAAACUUGAUUUCAUUAAUUAAUAUUAUACGAUAAUUAUAAUAAUGAAGUAUAUAGGUAAUAUUAUAAUAUUAUUAUUAUUACGUAUAUGUGAUAAUAAUUAGGAAAACUUAAGGAAAUUCAAUUCGAAUUAAGUUUUUCCUCUUCUUGAUGAGUAUUAACUUGAUUUUUUUUUUUUUAUAAUGUAUACAAAUAAAAUACAAUUGUAAUUUAUAUAAUAUCUUUUUUUUAUUUUACGUAUCGACCUAAUAUUAUAUUAUACUAUUAUUCAAUAUAAUCAUGUAUAGGCGCUCUCUACAAUGCCUACAAUAUAAUAUUAUUAUAUAAAUUAUUGUCAACUAAUAAAAAUAUUAGAUAUCUAGGUAAUUUUUUUUUCAAAAAAAUAAAAAAAAAAUAAUAAUAAUAAAAAAUUAUACAUAGACAGUACAUUCAUCAUUAAAUAUUUAAGUUAGUAUAUUUAGAUAAUAUUAUAGUUAAAUUAUUUUAUUUUCGUAUUUAAUUCAUAGAAAAAUAGAAAUUAAAAAUAUACACAUAAGACCCGU